AGACGCGUUAGAGCUUGUAUCAAAAAUGUCAAAUUUGCAUCAAAAAUUAAACACGCUCGAUGGUAUUCGCAUGACGCAAUCGGACGAUGAUGUAGAGUCUUAUUGGGAAAUUGGUACAGAAUUAUUGUCAACGGCACGUCACAUACUGCAAUCAGGUAGAAAUUUAAUAAGUUCUCUGAGCAGAGAAUCCUCUAAAGAUACUUUGGACACUAUCAAAGAAAUUCAUAAACUGCUUGAUUCUAUCGAAUUAACGCAGAUGGAUAUCGAGAAUUCCUGGACGGAGAUGGAACGGAAUCUAGAUACCGCUAGAGUAAUCGAAGAUCUUGAACAAGGUGUAUCGAGCGUUACUGACUGGAUCCUAGGUCCUGCGGAUAUGAUGCUAAAUUCCUGCUAUCAAGUUGGCUUCGACGUUUCCUCGUCCGAAGAACUUCGAAGACAGCACGAGAAACUAGAACUUCAAUGCCGGGAGACCUAUGGACGAUAUGCAGAAUUGCUUCAUAAGAUUGACAGUUUUCCCAAAAGCAGGCUACCUGAAGAUUUAAGAUCUCAAAGAGACUUUAUGGAUUUCGUAUGCCGUAGUUUUGCUUCGCGACUUGAAAGACGUCGAAAUGUUUUAAUUACCUCGCAAAGAUUCUUCAGACUGGUAUCUGAGUACUUCGAUAAGACGAGCGAAGUUUUCGAUCAGUUAGUCAUGGGCGGCAGAAAUUACAUUAACUUUUCCCAGGCAAGCGUUAAGCUCCUGACAUUGGAAAAGAGUCAAGUAACUUUAGACACUUUAGAGCGCGAGCUUGUAAAAGAGGGCGAAAAGUUGUCGGACAUUCUUUCUAUGCCGGUAAAGGAUGCACUAGGUCGAGAGGUACUCGUGAAUUACAAUGAGGACAUUAUCAAUGUAAAAGAUAUACUAGAUGCGACGAAUGCCAGGAAGAACAUCUUUAACGACAGCGUGGAAUUGCAGAAACUGUCGCUGAAACAAGUAGCUCUGAUACACAUGUACGAGAGCGAUGCCGAGCAAGCCGUUAAAUGGUUAGACGAUUUGUUCAAUGUCUUACUCCGAAAUCACAUGGAAGUUGGAUGCAACUCGAAGGAGAUACAAUCGCAAAAAGAAGAGCACCAAUCUUUUCAAGAAACGGCAAAGGGGACUUACGAAUAUGGUGGUCAACUAGUGAAUGGCGCGCGUGUAUUGAGAUUGUCGUGCAGGAUAUCUUUGGAAAGCAACGUUAGUCUCUUUUCGAGAUUGCGGCAAGCUUGGCGGCAAUUCCGAUCCGUCAGCCAGGAACAAUUAAUAAGGCUACGAGUAUGCGCCGUCUUUCACAGAAACGUCGAAGAUCACUGCAUCAGAUUACGAAACUUGAUGGAAACAGUGACGGCUCUAUAUCAUAUCGCAAAAAAUCAAAAUGCGACAACAGAGUCGCAUAUUAAAACAGACAUAAGAGACAUCCUUGAUAAUCGGGAGAAGCUUCUAUUGGAGGUUGGACGGAUGGUGAGAUUGGGUCGCCUUCUAAAGACCAGAUUGAAAGAACCUCUUGAUCACCUACCGAUGUCCGAGGCCGAAGAUGCUUCGAUCCUCGGCAGUAACCUGACGGCAGUGGAAGCUAUCUCGGCGAAAUUGGCGGAAGUUACGCGUCUCGCGGAAAAACUGGACGCGAGACUGUACGAAGCUGGAGCUAGAACUCGACCUACCGCCGUGACAUCCUCCACUUCAUCCUUGCUGUCUAUGUCCGCCACGUCGUCGUCAGGCGCGCCCACCCGUGCGAUUUCCAGCGUACCGAUCGCACCGACAUCAAUUAUGACAACCUCGUCCGUAUCCGCAACCGCUCAAACACGUCAAACGUCUUCCGAAAUUGCACCCGCAGUAAUCAAGUUCGAUGUAGCUAAAUCUGAUACUGCCACGACGACGAAAAAAUCCGACGACACUUCGCCUCGUACUCCUUCACAUUCCGUGGAACAUGUUGAAACAUUGAGUAAAGAUUCGAGUAAGGAAACGCCUGUCAAUAAGGAGAUUGUGGAACAUCCUCGUAGCGAAAGUGCAGCAGAAGAACACAAUGUGGAAGCUUAUACAACGGCGACUGAAUGCUCAGCAACUCCACCGCGUUCUAGAAGUGAAUCUUUCGUAACAUCACCGGAAUGUGAAGAUCUUGCUACGACAAUCGCAGUGCCCUCGUGUUCUGGUUCCACUUGGGCCACUGAAACGCCUAAACUAACAACUACAACUGUACCUCUGGCUUCUGCUUCAGACGACGGAAAGCAAAAAGUUACCGAUACAGUUACUUCCACUAUUACCGAAAUAAAACCAAUGACACGGAUUAAAACGAUGGACAAAAUUACUGAUGAAAGAUCAGGUAGAAUCAUGAAAGAAGUUACCGAAACAACUGUUUUACGUGUUUCGCACAAUAUUCGUUUAGAUGUAGCCUCUUAUAAUGUAACGUCGAAUACUGUGCACGAUCGUCGGCAACACAUUGAUGCGAAAGAUAUUCGAAAUGUGGAACGUGUGCUGCCAGUGGAAUCUUCCGAUAAAACGAAUGGCCUUCACGAUUCUGAGAGAGAUCUUGAUUUGUCUCCGUUCAAAGAAUCUGAGAAAUACAUCGGCAAAUAUCCAAAAGAAGCGCAGUUGGACCAAAGUAUUACAACGAAGCUCACAAAGAUUCGCGAACAUACACUGAGCGAUGGUUCGCAUUCCAAUUUGAAAGAAGGUAUAUCAGACUUUUCGCGGCAUCACGAGGAUAGCGGAAUUGAAAUGUCGCCGAUGAAGAAGGAUGAUAAUUUGGAAGGCGAAGACUUUCUUGAGAGAGCGAGGAAGAUCUGAAACGCUUUGAUUAUCGCACGAAAGAUAAAACUGACGACGAUGAUGGUGGACGGUCCCGACAUGAUGGAGGAAUACGCGCAUCCCGAAGAAUCCGGUGAAACGAAUUCAGGAAUGGUGAUGCAGAGAGAUGUGAAUACGCCGCAACAAAUCACUCCUCCGACUACCACUAUAAGCACCAUAGCCGUACAGAGCGGAGAGACGCGUGUAGUAAUCGCCCUACUUCAAAGUGGCGAAUGGCUAAAGCUGAAAAUACUCGAGCUGCAACCAGAACUAACAAAACUUGGUGCUUCUGUAAAAGAAGCCACGGAACUUUCGAACGCGCACGACCAAGUAUUACUUCGAUUGCAGAAUAAGCAGAGUCCGGUGGAAGAAUUAUUGCGGCAAGCUGAUCAAUUGAUUGCAACCCAAAAACCCAGAGCGGAAGUGUACACGGCCAUGGCGGAAACGUUGGGUCAAGCGUGGCGCGAUGUAAACCAGCUUCUAGAACGUCGUAAAGAGAUACUCGACCGAAACGUGUUAUUUCAAUGCCGUGCGGCCCAAUGCAGGGAAAGCAUGGAGGCACUAGAAAUGGCAUGUAAUGACACGUUACUGCCGAUCGAAAUCGAAGCAGUAAAAGAUUUUCUGUCGAAGAUUCAGGAUCUCCGCAAAGAUAUGUUGGAGGCGCUGAUGGGUGCACUGCGGGAGGGCAAGACAUUGUUGGAUGGACUUAAGGAACUGGCAAAUGAAGGGACUUUAGACUCCAGGCCGGAUAGAAUCAAAGAUGAAGCUAAUCACGCUGUAUUAAAAGUUGAAAAGUGGUUGGAAGAGCUUCAUGAUAGAAGGCGCCUCAUCGAGGCGUCUUUCCGCAGUAGAAAGACUCAAUUGGAGCAAUGUCUUGCUCUCGCGUUACUCGCAACCGAUCUUCGUGAUCUCGAGGAGAUUCUCAACGACAGGAUCUCUGCGUUAGCAGCCAGUUGUGAUCAGCUGGGAGAUUCUGCAUCGAGCGUAGAGCUGCUUCUCUUUUCAUUGAAGAACUUGCAAGCCGAAGCGAAGGAGUUUCAAGACAGAGCUAUUAAAAUAACUAAAUCGACCGAACGACUAGUGUCAUCCGGACACUUUGCUGGCGAACAAGCGAUCGAACAGGCGUACGCGAUUCUUAACGCCGCCGCCAAUUACAUCAACGACUUGGAUCAGUACAAUAUAGUGUUGAAUAGAGCAAUAUCUUUCUUCGAUUCUGCACGAUCAACUAUCACAAAACUCGAUCAGUUGGAAAUUCAGUUAAUGACGACGGAGCAUCCUCCUUAUUCUACGCGAUUGGCACGUUUCCACGCGCAAACUGUGACGACGAUAGAAGACGUGACUUCAAUGCCUUUAUCGGAAGGAUACGCGCUGCUGGAUAUCACGGGAAGAGGAGCGCCUGGUGCCGAGGGUGUAAGAAAUACUGUGGAAGAAUUGGAGAAUCGCAAGAUUCGGUUGAUCGAAAAGUGCACAGCUCACAAAGAAGAGAAUCUGGAGAUUUCAAGAAUACUUGCUGCAUUUAUAGAUAAGCACGACGCAUUACGAGCUUGGCUGACUAGCAUCGCGGAAGCUUUUCUUCAGGGCCAUCAAGAUAUGGGAAGUGAUCUAGCAAUGGCAUGCGAUUUUCGUCGAGUUCACUCUCAAUUGUUAACCGAUCUGGAGAAGAAGAAUAUUGAAGUGGAUCAUUUGGAAUUAGAAAUUCUUCCAAUCGUUGGGCGUCUAGACGAAUCACAAAGAUACGAAUUGCAAUCAAAAAUCAAAAAACUUGAGGACGAGUGGACAAAAACAAAGAUUACAGUGGCGAAAAGGAUCGAAUUGGGCACGAUUUAUAUACAGUUUCACGAGAUCGUCGAGGAAUUGAACACUGAAAUGGAUUCUAUUGAUAACGAACUGAAAAAAUGCGAGGGUGCGUUAGAUGAAGCUAAGAUUAACGAUGUGGAAAGAAGAUGGAAAUCCCUUGAACCUCUUUAUAAGAAACUCGAUAAUCGUGCAAAAGCGUUUCUCGAUGAAACAAGCAACGUUGAUGAUUCUUAUCUCAACGUAUCGCGAGCUUGCCUGUGUGUUCAGACUCUUUUAGAAAAGUUUGCCAAUCGGCAAUUGGUUGUGAUGGAAUCAUGGGAAAAAUGGCAAACUACUAUUGAAAUUACAAGACAAAGGCGAAUUGAAUGCGAGCGCAAAAUUGAAGAAAGCAGAAAAACAUUAGCAUGGACUUCACAAUUCGAUGCAACGCUAUAUCCAAUUAUAACAUCGCGAUCUUCGAGAAUAAUCGAUAUUUUAGAUAAUUUGGAAGAUGUACAAUUACGAGUCCUACCUGAAUUGAACAGAGCUAUCCAGGAAUUGGAUUCUAGACUCAAGAGUAUUCACACAUUUGUUGAAAGAGGUGAAGUUAAAGCAGCUGAACAGAUCUCCAACAGACUCGAGCAGAUGUAUGAAAAGAUGAACAGUGUCGCCAAAGAUUACAAUGCAUUGCUAGAGUCUUUGAUUUCCAUCUUUAAAAAUCUCGAAGAGAUUGAACAUAAAAUUGAUCGAGCAAAACAAGAGGCUGGACGAGUAUCGAGUUUUACAAAACUAAUCGAUGUGGAUGGCGCGUUAAAAGAGAUCGACAUAUUGAAGGCGUCUAUUAUAGGAUCCUUACAACGUGUACGUUCGAAAUCUGAUGAAAUAAUCAGUAAUAUUAGACUACAGGAGCCGCUAGAAGCAGCGGCACAAGAUGUGGAGAAACUAAAGCGCGCGAUAGAUUCUGUGAUCAUCGAGAUCGAAUUGCUUCAAACGGAAACGUAUAACUGUCUCGAGAAACAUCGACAACUUUGCAUCUUUAGAGAGGAUCUUGAAAGAAUCAAUUCAGAAUUACGAGACUUGAACGAACAGCUGAAAAACAUGGAUGGAAGAAUCGGUGAUAAUUUGUCGGCAUCGAAAGCGACAUUGGUUGCCUUCGAACAAUUCGAACAUACUAUAACGAUUUUGGAAGAGAGAAUCGAGUCUUUCAUAAGGAAAACAGAAGAGACAAUCGUUCCAUUAACGCCACAAGUGACGGACGAGAUCUCGUCCCUACGAAAUAGAUGGAGCGAUCUAAGAAAUCGCGUUAGAGACACCAAGAAAAGAAUGAAUUUGAGCAUCAAUUAUUUCAAGCUUCUGGAGGAAGCUAAGCAAUGGUAUAGGGAGGGUAGCAAACUUCUGGUGAUUAUCGCACGUAAAGCUACAACCGUGAAAGCACCUGAGGAAGCUACCGAUUUGCUCCGAGAGAUUGAUGCUUACAUAAAGCCAGGCGAGGAGCAGCAGGAAAAGAGAAUUGAGAAGCUCAAAGAACUAUCGACGAUAGUUUUCGGUACCGACAGACUUCCACAAUUCAACGAGGUGGUAGUAGAGAAUCGACAAAUGCUGGAUUCCUUCGCAGUUGUCUCUUCCGAAUUGCGUACGCUGAGCCAAAACUUGCAGAAUGCCGAGGAUCUUCGGGAGAAAUUGCGGAUCGAGAAAUUAGAAGCUGACAGGAAGCUAGAAGCUGCCAAGAUUGAGAUGGCGGCGGCAGAGGCUGCCAGGGCGGAGGCAGAGAACGCGAGAAAACUUGCGGAACGACUUGCGGCCGAAACCUUGGACAAAGCAGCGAUAGAGGCACAGAAAUUAAAAGAGAAGAAAGCGCAAGAGAUUCCUCCUCCUGUCUCUCACUCCGUGUCCGCUCAAACUGAAGAGAGAGUAGUUGAAGAAACGGUUACCUCUUCCAUGACAACAAAAGAGAUUCAUAUUCUUCAGAAGAUGGAAGUGGAGAAAAGUGUUCCAAUCGUUGAAAAGGAAGCCAGUCCACCAAGAAAACUUAUGUCCGAAGAGACACGUGAAAUAUUGCACGAUAAGGAGUACAUUAAAGAUGCACAAGAAGAUAAACUCCUUUUAUUGGCUCCGGAAUUCACAGUUCCUUUAAGCGAUGUGACAAUCCAAGAAGGCAAAGAAUUCAAUUUCGAAUGCCAUUUGGUUGGUCAGCCGACGCCGGAAAUAGUAUGGUACAAAGACGGGAUAUCGAUUUUAAACAAUCCAGACUAUCUAACAACUUACGCGAACGGCGUAUGUACUUUGAAGAUAGAAGAGACAUUUGCUGAGGAUUCUGCCAAGUAUACUUGUCGCGCAUUUAACAUUGUUGGCUCUGCCGGGACUUCAGCUACUCUUUCCGUCAAAGAAACUGUCACGGAGGAACAGCCGAGCGCCCCAGUUUUCGUGAAGGAAUUACAACCCUCGUCCAUAAGGGAAGGGUCUUCACAUAGAUUAGAGUGCACAGUCGAGGGAAACCCUCUUCCAACGGUGCAGUGGUACAAAAAUGACACCAAUAUUGACAAUUCGCCAGAUUACGUUAUUACUUUUAACAAUGGAGAAGCCGUUCUCAAGUUCGACGAAGUCUUUCUAGAGGAUAAAGCCGUAUACACUUGCAAAGCGACAAAUCAAUGGGGACAAUCAUCUACAUCCGCUUCUCUUGAUGUGAAACCCGCACAAAUCACCUCAAAGAAACCAUAUUUCGUGGCACCAUUGUCAAAUGCAAUGGCCAGAGCAGGGCAAAAAGUGAAAUUAGAAUGCGAAGCUGGCGGAAAUCCUAUUCCCAAAUUAAUUUGGACUCACGACGGAAAGCCGAUAGAGGAAACCAAAUAUCAUCAAAUUCAAACGGACGGCGCUCGAACGUGCUUGACCAUUAUGGAAGCUUUUCCGAAAGAUGCCGGCUGUUACACGGUGAUCGCCAAGAACGAAGUUGGCGAAGCCACUACAUCCUGCACCGUUUCCGUAAAAGGACGCUUGCUUCAUGAGACAAGUGAAUCCGAUUUUGUCUGCAGUGAUGGAGAACCGGCAGUACCGAAGUUUCAGUUACCCUUGCGGGAUCUUAAGAUCCAAGAGGGACGAUCAGCUAGGCUGGAUUGCGUGAUCGUGGGUCAGCCUGAACCAGAAGUAAUUUGGUAUCAUGAUGAACAGCCUGUGAAAGAAUCGUCGGAUUUCCAGCUACUUUUCCAAGGUGACAGAUGCUCGCUGGUAAUUCAUGAAGCUUUCUUGGAUGAUGCCGGUACAUAUAAAGUAGUCGCCAUUAAUUCCGGCGGUGAAGCUUCUAGUCAGUGCACAUUAACAGUUACACCGGCGUCUCAUGUCUCAGAUGUAAUCGGCCGAAAACAUGAACGAAGAGAAAUAACCGUCAGCGGUUCGGCGCCGAAGUUCGUCAGACUUCCGACGGAUUUACUCGUGGCUGAAGGCGAAGAUGCCGUUUUCGAAUGUGCCGUAACUGGAGAACCCAAACCCGACUUGAAAUGGUUCUCGGAUGAAGGAGAAGUCAUUCAGAACGACAGAAUACUAAUCAAGGAAAAAGAAGAUGGAACAAGAAUCCUGAAGAUUUCGUCGGCUAUACCGGAAGAUAAAGGCAAUUACGUAGCAAAAGCUGUAAAUGUGCAUGGCGAGGCAAAAGCUUUCGCUAGAUUAGUCGUGCGAUCACUUGGCGAUUUUAAGAGGAAUGAGGAGUUUGUACAGAUGGAAGAAAAGUUGAUUCGGCCAACGUUCAAAGAAACAUUUGAGAACAGAAAAGUACGCGAAGGAAUUUCAACAAAAUUCGAAUGCAUCGUUACUGGCAAACCUUCUCCUAAGAUUCAGUGGUUGUUUAAUGAUCGGCCGGUACAUGGAAAGGAUUUCCUAGUUUCCGUCAGCGGAGAUCGACAGGUUCUCACGAUUCCUGAGGUGGGAGAUGCACAUAUCGGUACCGUUUCUUGUGUAGCGGAGAACGCGGCUGGUAAAGCGAUCUGUAGUGCUAAAGUGGAAAUUGAUAGCGAAUCGGCUAAACAGGCUACAGGUGAAGUCGAAAAGGUGCUCGAAUUAGUUCCACAGUUUGCAGAUAUCAUGCAUCCUGCAAGCACUAGCGAUAAACACUUCUCCAGCGAAAAGACGUAUCAUGAGGGUGGUAGUGAAAGUCAAGUACUAACCAAGAUGUCAUCUACCGUCACGCAUUCUUCAACAACGUCUACGAAAAAGGAGUUUGUAUCAUCUACCAUGAGUUCCACUUUAUCGCAAUCCGGGCACGAACCUACUAGCGUUUGCACGAAAACAACUGUGCAAAGCUCGGAACAGUCCACCUCGGAAAACGGAGCACCACCUGUCGUACAAUCUCAUAAAAUCGAAGAGUACGAAAAGAUCGUGCAAGAACGACCUGGCGAAUUGCAACAGGAGAAGACCGUCGUCGUGUCCGAGGAAACGGAAGGCAUGAAACGCGAUGUCAAGGCGAGUCAAAUUCAAAAGCCAUCUAGGAAACCAAUAGCACCUAGGUUUGUUUCGCCAAUUACGGGGAUGAUCGUGGAUCAAGGCGAAGAUGUAAUCUUCGAAGGUAUCAUCGAUGGUUUUCCACAACCGACGAUUCUGUGGUCAAAGAACGGUCAAGAAUUGACAUCGAAGGAUAAUGUAAAAGUUACUUUCGCUCAUAAUCACGUGAAACUGGAGCUGAAGAAUGUCAACGUGAAAGACGCUGGACGUUAUACUUGCACGAUCAGUAAUGAUGUUGGAAGUGCCAGCAGCACGGCUGAUCUCGUUGUUAAGAAGACGAUAUUCCCCCCGGUUUUCGGCAAACGCCUCAAAGCUCAAGUAGUGAAAAAGGGAGAUCGCGUUAUCAUGGAAGUAGAAAUCACCGGCAUACCCGAACCCACGGUCACGUGGUAUAAAAAUGAUGUGCCGAUCAAUGAACGACCACCUGAAUUGAGAAUUAUUCAACAGGGAAAUUGUUACACGUUAGUUAUAGACAAAGCCAAGGAAGAAGAUGCCGGAAAAUACAUGGUGCGAGCGACGAACGCUGGUGGCGAGGCACAGAGCAUUGCUGAUAUUGCGGUUUUCGAGCCGAAACCCGAAACUAUGGUAGAGGUGCAUAAAACUGUUGUAUACGAAGGCAUCCAGGGUAAAAGUGUCGUCCAGUCCGAAGGAAAAAAAGAAGAGAUAUCAUCAGGUACCUUUAUGGGCGAGCCAACAACGACAGUCCAGCCAAGUACAUUGCUUAAGCCAAUUACGACGCUGGCUAAGACUACGAUCGACACCGUGCGAAAGAUCGACGAGCCAGAAAUAAAGGCUAGCAAAUCGGAAACGAUUUCGUCUAUAAUCGAAUCCCACGAAACCGAAACGAAAUCAGAACAGAAGUUUCAUAUGAAACUGGAGCAUAAGACUCCAUCCCUCAUGGAGUCUAAACUUCGAACCGAACAAACAGUCACAAAGAAGGAGGUUGAAAGAGAUAUCGUGGAGCCCCUGAUAACGACAGAACAAAAAUCGUUGAUUGAGAAUGAAAACGUGGAAACCUCCACAAUUGCAAAGAAAGAUGCAUUGAGCUUCUUUGAGUCCAUUACGAAGGAAAGUGACAAAAAGGAGACAGUGCCGAAAGGGCCAAAGGAAAUGAUCAAACUGACAGAGGACGGACAAGUUCAAGAAGCGACAGUCGGAAAACUAAUGAAAAGUUACGAGCAAGCGACAACUAUUCAAGAAAUAAAAAAACCGGAACCAAAACCAUCCGAAUUUCAAACAACGAAAAAGAGUGUUCAGGAUAUUUUCACCAAGCUGGAGCAAGGAUCAUCGCUUUGCGGCGUGGAGAAUAAGUUAUUCGAGUUCCCAUAUGAAAGUCCUAAGUUGCCGCUGACGGAAAUCAAAAGAACGGAAGAAAAGGUAAUUUCCGAGACACCUAUGUCACAGUUACGAAUUCAAACGGAAAGCUCCGAAACAAUGAUGAGUAGCUUCAACUUGGUACCGGAACCACCUCCUGAAAUAUGUUACAUGCCGAAACCAGAGGAGGCGAAAAAAAAACAACCCGAUGUGUUCGUCAAGGCGAAGCAGCUGCAAGAAUCCUUCGACAAGACGCUAUCCCCUAUAGAUGCCCCGAUUGGCGGUGUGAAGAUCUUCCCCACACCUGUUCUGAAAACAUCGGAACCACCAAUAAAGCCAGCGGAACCUGUUUCCGCAUUUAAAAUACUACCACCCUUUGAACUGGAGAAGAAAGAAGCAUUUGAGGAGACAUGCAUGAAGAAGGAUGCAUACGAGAAGAAAGAAAGUAAAUACUUCAAAGAAGAGAAGAUGGAGCCGCAGAAAUACAUGUCAACGUCAACGUCUAUCUUGCGAAGUACAUCUCCUAUCAGACCGUGGUCAUCAUCAUCAGAUGUGGAAACCAAGUCACACGUGUCCACCGAUUUAUCGGAGUAUAGAUAUCACUCGGCUGCCUCUAGCCAGGAAAUUUUGAGAGCAACAUCACCCAAACCAUCCGCAGACGCACUAGCGAUGGAAAAAUCCUGGGCAAAGAAAUGCGCGGAAUCAAAUAGGAAGUCCUGGCCACCUCAAGCUGAAUCUACCCAGAAAUCUACCCUGCGCGAGUGGAAUGUUCCUGCCGAUGAAUACAAGAGCUCUUCGCGUGAAUUUAGUCAAAAAAUUGAGGAAACGCCGCAAGGUGCACUAAAGAAAACUACCACGGAAUCAUCUGCUAAUGUAGAAAAGCGCUCGUGGUCCAGUAAGGAAGAAUUUAUGGAAAAGGUAGUGCAAGAGUCACCGCCAGCGCCAAAACUUGGUCCAAUAAUCUAUAAUGCUGAGACCAUUAAAGUUGAUCAUACUGUAAACACCAUUCAAGAGAAAGCUUUAUUUGAAAAAUACAUCAGCGAGUGCAACGUGGAGAAGGAAGAAACCAUGCAAAAAUUCGAAGAUUUUAGCUCGAAACGCUGGACGAAAGAUGAAGAACUAAAAGCACCCGGUUUGGUAAAGAAGAUUGAGCCAGCUGUGAAACCGCUCGUAGCAUCGCGUCAACUAACAGAGCAGGAAGUGGACUCGAUCAUUCUGAAACCAGCUUCACCUCCGGAAAUUGGAUAUAUUCCACCACCCAUCAUAAAAGAGAAAACAGUGUCGGAGCAUAUCACAAAAGUGGAAAAGAGAGAAGAACCACCGGUACUUCCACCGAAAGACGUACGCAUUACGCCCCCGCCUAUCCCGUCCAAACAACCUGUGCAAGCGGCACCAGUUCCAACUAAGUUUACUAAAGCUUCAUUUAGUCACGAGAGUGACUACGAGUCCGACUUCGACAGUCGUUUGAAAGCAAAAUGGAGACCCUAUGAAAGCGAUAGCGAAGAACCGCGUUAUCGAAGAGUUAAAGCACCUGCUCUAAAACAACCGACGAGACCAAGGUCCACUGAACCCGAACCACUUCCGCCCUCUAAGUUUGAAACUCCUGCACAAUUCACGGGCCCGUCUCCAUCGUUCAUUACCACGGAAUCCUCUGAGAAAAUGAGAAAGAUAACGUUUAAGCGCCAUGAAAAAGAAUCUAAGCAAGUGCAGCAGCAACAAAGCCCGAUUCCUCUGAAACCUGGCUCUCCGCCGAUUUACGUGCAACCGAGCACGAAGAGCUCCGCGCCGAAAUCUCCCUCUACCAAAAAACCGGAAUCGCCAAAGUUCAAAGUGAAGGUUUUCCAGCAAGAAAGCGGUUACAUGGCUGAUACCGACGAGCCAUUCCAGCAGAAGGCUUCCUUCACGACGACACAGAAAUCUUUUGGGAAACGUGACGGUUCCUCAACGAUGAUGCACUCGGAGAGCCGUACCACAUGCAUGGAAAGCAGAACGAAAUCCUUCGAAAGCCGCACUUACGAAAGCGAUCAUGUGCGAAAAGAAGAAACCUCUUUCGUCUCGCCAUCUAUCUGUCCGCAGACGCCUAAAAGCAUUCAGCAACAACGCAGCAAAUUUGAGUCCGCGAAGAAAACGGAGCAUUCCAUGGACCAGUUGCACAGAAAAUUGGGACCAGCGGAAAAAAUCCUAUCAGUCUCUCCGAGUCCUUCGAAAUUUGUGAAGGCUGACUUCCGCGAGAGUGACUAUGAGAGCGAUUAUGAUGGCAGAACACCGCCCUGUCCUACAAUUAGUUCCACGAAGUUUAGUGUUACUGAUUCAGGGAAACAUCGCGAGCAACAAGCAAUGGUCGCACCAGCUAAGCCGAAAACGGUUCUCCUACCCGGUUCACCACCGGAAAUCGCGUACGCGCCGCCUCAACCGCAGCAAUUUUACGAGGCGCGCACAAGUAUGCCGUUCACCAACGCGGUGGGUACAGAGACGAAGAAAACUGUGAGGAUGGACGAAUCGACGGAGAACGCUAGGAGGAUCGUUACUGUCGAGCAGACGAGCCGGGUCAUCAAGUUCGGCGACACCAAUGCUGCGCCCGUUCAGAAACAGCAAUCGCACUAUCGCGUGCCAAUGCCGAAGAAAUUUUUACAAGGACAAUUUCGGGAAUCCGACUAUGAGAGCGACGUUGAUUCCAGCAGAAUUCGGCCAAAAUGGGCCCCAGCGGAUAGUGACACGGAAGAGCCGCAUUAUCGAAAAGUUCAAGCACCCUCUUCGAGGAGAUCGUUGAGUGCACCAGUCAGACAGCAUGUCGCAUCGCCAAUGGAAUUCGAUACCGGUCCUCCAAAGACGUCGCUCACGCAAAUCCGUCGUGAAGAUACGGACAAAAAAAUCGAUAUCCAGAGAUACCAACAGCAAACGGCUAUCGGAAAAGUCGACGGCGUUCUACAGCCCGGUUCACCACCCGAGUACGGGUACAUUUCGGGGAGCGACGUGAAAAAAGCAACAGAUCAAAUCGCGACGCGUCACAUAAGUGAUAUGACAAGCAGCUUCAAGUCGAGAACCGAGAAAUUCGCGAGUGAUAUCCAGUCGGACUUGAGGCAGAGUAAACCAAUACUGAAGCAGCCCGUCGACUUAAGGACCACCGAAAGUGACGAGCCAAGAACUUAUAGAGAAGAAUCGCGAGUCUCCGAACACGGAACGAAACAAAUCGAUCCGGAUACUGGACUCAUAUACUUCAAAUACGAUUUUGGCUACGAAUUCGGUAUCGUUUUACCCGGUGAGGGUAAGAAAACCGUUGAAAGCAGUAAGAAAACCAUCAAAGGGCAGAGACGUGCCAGCGAUAUAGAGGUACCUAUAGUUCAUGAGUUCACUGAGAAAAAAGCGAACGGUUUCACGAAGAAAGGCACGUCCUUGAGCCGCCAGAGCAAGCCGGCAAGCAAGUUCGGUAGCUCGAAGACAGUAAAGUGGGAUCCAACGUCAGAGAGUGAAUUCUCCGAAGUCGAAGACACAAGAAAUCUCGGUAAGAAGCAAUUGGGAAUGGAGAGCUCAAUGACGCCUCCAAGCCUUGUCAUACCCAGCUCAGUAUCACCGUCUAAGUGGGAUCGCAUAACGCCCAGCCCGCUGUCUCUAAGUCCAAGCCUGCCGAGCCUAUCUCCCAGGCAUAGUAGCGCCACUGGACCACCCAGCAAUGUGGAUUCAGCAGGUUCUCCGUGGCCGACCAGCAACGGUGUAUCAUCAAGCAAAGAAGUGAUUCAGCCUUACCUCGACAUAUUACCGAAGAAGGCUCCUACAUUCAUCACGCCACUGAAAGAUAUCGCGGUAGUGAGUGGACUACCGGCUAGAUUUGAAUGCAUCGUCCAAGCUGAACCGCAACCCAAUAUCCUUUGGUCCAAGAAUCAUAGAAUCGUCGAGAAUUCCGCGAACCACGAAAUCCAAUACAGAAAUGGCGUUUGCCGCCUCACCAUAAUGAGAGCUUUUCCUGACGAUGCUGGGACUUAUGCAUGCACGGCAACGAAUAGCCUAGGUUCCACCGUAACUUCUGCGCAUUUGGAGGUGCCAGGCGCAUCGUCAUCGAUACAUGGCGUUUACCGUGAUCAAAAGGAACGCAUAAUUGAACGCUUUCCUGAAGAUGCACCAAAAUAUGUAGCUUUAAAGGAUCUGUUUCUGUCGCGAGAUAAGGAAGUCAAACCCAUUUCGGCAAGUCAUGAACAGCCAUACGAGUCCUUUUAUGAUUUGGGUCUAACCGCAGAUUACAGCUUCAUAGAGGGAAAUAAUCGUAGAAACGCAAGGACAGAGCUCGAUACGGUAAAGGAUGCAAUCAGGCGUGAAUCAGGUGCUGUCUGCACGAGGAACGGAAGUGACAUCAUUGAUCAUUAUUCCAAUAUUAAACUUCCAAUAUCGCACAUGUAUGAUGGAGUGUUUAAUGAGGAAAAUGUUCAAGGGGAGAUCGUGAUGCAAUCGACGCCAACGGUACCAGUAUUUACCGGCAAACCCGGUGAUCCAUCACCGCCGAUUUUCGAGCGGAUUUUCAAAAAUGCGAGAUUUGCGCAAGGCGGCAAUGCCAUUUUCGAAGGCUGCGUUCGUGGUAAUCCAAAGCCAACAGUUUCAUGGACGCACAAAGGAACGCUGCUGUUAGAAUCACGAAAGAUUCGAAUGUCCUAUAACGACAAUACUGGAGUUGUCACACUCCAAAUUAAUCAGAUCGGUCCAGGGGACGAGGGCGAGUACACAUGUAGUGCAAAAAAUCAGUAUGGUGAAGCAAUUUGCUCGGUUUACAUACAGCCGGAGGGAUUCGGGCCUCCCGCACAGCUGACAGAUAGCUAUAAAAAGGAAUUUACGCAAAGCUUUCAGACAAGUGAACAGAAAAUGCAAACUGGAAGUCAGGUCGUUCAACAACGCAGUUACCAACAAUCAAUAGAUAAACGAAGCUAUGUCAAUGGCACGUCCAUGAGCAUCGAAGAUUUCAAGGUUGAUACUUUCGAGUAUAGAUUGUUGCGCGAAUCGGAGUUCCGUGAAUCCAUCACUCGUCGUUUCAUCGGUGAAUCCGACUCGCAAAUUUCCACAACAAUUGAACGUACCCUGGGACCGGUUGCACCUCCGCAAAUUACUCAAAAACCAAGAAACUCAAAACUUAUCGAAGGAUCGGACGCCGUUUUCACCGCGAAGAUAACUGGCAAUCCCAAACCAAGAUUAACAUGGUUCAAGAACGGUCAGAGGAUCCGAGAUUCUCAACGCGUAGAGACGAGCUAUUCGAAUCAACAAGCUGCUUUACGAAUUCGAGGUGCCCUAUCAGAAGACAGUGGCCAUUACACAUUGCUGUCUGAGAAUCCUCAAGGUUGUACUGUCAGCUCCGCUUAUCUGGCUAUCGAACCCAGUGAUCAAGUAGAUCAAGUUCCAUAUCAAGCGCAACAAAGAGAAUUUAUUAAGACUCAACAAAUGGAAUCGACUGCCGAGUCCACUGACUCUGGCAAAGUUUUGCCACCAAAUUUCGUUCGCACUAUCACGGACAAAGAAGCCACCGAGGGCAAGAUGACGCGAUUUGAUUGUCGCGUAACUGGCCGUCCGUACCCCGAAGUCACUUGGUACAUAAACGGCCAGCAAGUUGCCAACGACAUGACUCACAAAAUUCUCGUAAACGAAUCUGGUAACAAUUCAUUGAUGAUCACGAAUGUGAGUCGCACCGAUGCUGGUGUGGUAACAUGCGUCGCUCGAAACAAGGCAGGCGAAACCUCAUGUCAGUGCAACUUGAAUGUCAUCGAAAAAGAGCAAGUAGUUGCGCCGAAAUUUGUCGAACGUUUCGUAACAACAAGCGUAAAAGAAGGAGAACCCGUACUUUUUAUGGCGCGCGCAGUCGGCACUCCAAUCCCACGCAUUACAUGGCAAAAGGACGGUGUACCAAUAACACCCGGUCCUGAAAUACGUAUAUCAAGCGACGGUAGCGGAGCUUCGACUUUGGAUAUUCCAUGCGCUAGAUUCUCAGAUGCAGCUUGGUACCAGUGCACUGCUCAAAAUGUAGCCGGCUCCACCGCGACCCGAGCGCGGCUUUUCAUCGAGACGCCAAAAGGAACGGCCCCGGAACCAAGACGCCUGAAUUUACCCCGACCGACGAAAGUCAUCGAACCAGAACCAGCGCCUGGCCCCGAAGUGAUUUACUUAAGACACGUGGAACGCGCCAAGCCUUACUUGCCGCCCGCUGAGGAAGAUAAAAUUUAUCCGCCGCCACAUUUCAUUAUACCAUUAAAGGACGUUCAUCAGAUCGAAGGUGGACGAAUUCACUUCGAGGCCAGAAUCGAACCGGUGGGCGACCCCACUAUGAGGGUGGAGUGGUAUGUCAAUGGCAGAGCACUCGACGCAAGUUCCCGAGCGACCUCUAUCUUCCGCUUCGGUUUUAUAUCACUCGAUCUCAUUAGCAUCGUUCUUCACGAUAGCGGCGAGUACUUGUGCCGUGUCAUAAGCUCGACCGGGGUUGCCGAAUCUCGUGCCACCCUCAGCGUAACCCCACGCGCCACGAUUGAACAAGCAAGCCAACACCCCGACAGCCUCCAGUACAUCCAACAGCUCGAGGAUUACAGCAAGUACCAAAGGCAGGAGAGCGUGGAGGAAACCUCUUCACAGCGGCCGGUUUUCAUCCGCCCGCUCCAGGAUCUUGGUGAGCUACAGGAAGGUCGUAACGCCCAUUUCGAGGCGCAAUUGACACCUGUUAGCGACCCCACCAUGAAAGUGGAGUGGUACAAGGAUGGAAAACCAAUCACAGCCAGCUCAAGAAUUACUAGCAUCUUCAACUUCGGAUACGUCUCGCUCAAUAUAAUGCACCUACGGACUGAAGAUGCAGGUUCUUAUACUGUCAGAGCUGUGAACCGCUUGGGAGAGGCCAUCAGCUCCGCGACUCUCCGUGUCUUUGCGCGAACAAGCGUAACGUCUGACUUGGGUAUCCCCGAGCAAUCGAGGUACAUCGAGGCAGCCGAGGAGUUGGAAGCGUAUCAGCAAGCAAUGCACCAGAAAUAUGUACAAGAGCAACCAGAACUGAGCAGCCCACCGGAAUUUAAAUCACCUAUUAAGGAUCAAAGUGGCAUACGAGAGGGCGGAUUUGCCCAUUUCGAGGCGCGCCUCGAGCCAAUCGGUGACGCCAAUCUCCGUGUCGAGUGGCUGAAAGACGGACGGCCUGUAGAAGCCAGUUCCCGGAUUACAACCUUCUUCAACUUUGGUUACGUGGCACUGACCAUCAAAUAUGUAACGAUACAUGACGUCGGAGUGUAUACUUGCCGGGCCUACAACAGAGCCGGCGAGGCUCAAACUACCGCUCAACUGAGUGUGAUCAGCAAGAACGAUGUCAUUUACGAUAGUCAGCAUCCUACUGGUCUCCAGAAGAUUCAGUCUCUAGAAGACUCGAGCAGGUACUCGCGGCAAGUUCAGGAGGAAACGCAGAUUACGCAGGCACCGCGAUUCCUGGGCAAUCUUAAGGGCACCAACAAAAUUGUGGAGGGUCAACGAGCACACUUCGAAGCGCGUGUUGAGCCUCAAAGCGAUUUGAGCAUGAAGAUCGAGUGGUACCACAACGGCAAACCCAUUACCGCUGCUAAUAGAAUCCAGACAUAUCACGAUUUUGGAUACGUUGCCAUCGACAUUCUUCAGGUCCGUCCCGAAGACGCCGGCACAUACACCGUCGUAGCUAGAAACGCCCGCGGGGAAGCUCGUUUAUCCGCCACCAUGAUUGUAGAGACACGUUCCAGCAUAGAUACCAGCAGUAUGCAUCGCGGUACCUAUGAAAAGACUCAACGCUUAGAGGAGUCCAAAUUCGUCGAACCACAUUAUCACAUUGAGGAAAUCUCCAAAUCAAAGCCGAUUUUCAUUCAGCCGUUAAGUGACCCAAAACCAGUUAGCGAAGGCAAGAACAUUCACUUGGAAUGUCGCUUGGAACCGAUGGGCGAUCCAACGAUGAGGGUCGAAUGGUUCCAAAACGGACGUCCGGUCACAGUUGGUUCCAGAUUCAGGACCUACUAUGAUUUCGGAUUUGUCGCACUCGACAUAGUACAUACAACCGUUUAUGAUUCUGGUGAAUAUACAGUCAGAGCCACCAAUCAUCUCGGUACCGCGCACACUUCGGCUUGCGUCAGAGUCAUCGGCCGAUCUGACAUCGUCACCGAAACGCAGAACGAGCAAUCACUCGAGCAGAUACAGAUGUUGGAAGAUAUGUCGAGGUACCGCAAAACUCAACAGGAGGAAGUCACCGUGAUGCAAGCACCUCAAUUCACUCGACCCCUACACAAUAUCGAGACGGUAGAGUUGACCAAUGUCCAUCUUGAGUGUCGUCUUCAGCCAGUGGGCGAUGCGACCAUGAAGGUUGACUGGUUCGUCAACGGUCGACCAGUAAAGACUGGUCACCGUUUCAGGCCGUCUUACGAAUUCGAUUACGUGGCUCUAGACAUUCUUGGUGUUUAUCCUGAGGAUUCUGGCGUAUACACUUGCCAGGCCAGGAAUCAACUCGGCGAAGCCGUUACUUCAUGCUCCGUAAGAGUACACGCGAAAAAAGAUCUGCUUCUGGAGUCUCAACACCCCGAAGGAUUGGAGAGAAUACAAUACUUGGAGGAUGCCUCGCGAUACAAAAGGCAUGAGCUCGUCGAUGAAGUCGUUACUGUAAAACCGAAAUUUAUUACAAAUCCGAAGAACCAAGAAAAUCUACGAGAAGGACAACACGCCCAUUUCGAGUGCAAGUUGGAGCCGGUAACAGAUUCAAAUUUGAAAGUCGAGUGGUUCAAGAAUGGUCGUCCAGUAACGAUAGGACACCGAUUCCGUCCAAUUCACGAUUUCGGUUACGUUGCAUUGGACGUAAUCGAUCUAAUCGCUGAGGAUUCCGGAACUUACACCUGCCGCGCCGUUAAUUUGGUAGGCAGCGACGAAGUAUGCUGCACCUUAUCAUGUCGCUCAGGCGCGCAGAUCUUAACAGAUACGCAAAACGAGCUUGGACUCGAGCAGAUUCACUAUCUCGAAGAUAGAUCCAAGUAUCAAAGGCAAGAGGUUGUUGAAGAAACUACCACUCAGGCACCCAUUUUCACGACUUCGUUGAAUAAUGUUGAAAUAAAAGAGGGCCAGCGAGCACACUUCGAAUGUCGGCUGAUUCCGGUGUCCGAUGCAACGAUGAAAAUUGAAUGGUUCCACAAUAAUAAGCCAGUGAAGGCAGGCUCAAGAUUCGUCGAAACAAAUAGUUUUGGUUUCGUCGCUCUUGAUAUCAUGUACGCAUACCCUGAAGAUUCUGGAACGUAUACUUGCAGAGCCAGAAAUAUCAUUGGCGAAGCUAUCACUUCUGCAACUGCUGUUGUUCAUUCUAAAAAAGCAAUCUACACAGAAACUCAAAGCGAAGAAACUCUUCAACGUCUUCGUUCUUUGGAGGAUACAUCUCGUUAUCAACGUAAGGCCACAACUGAGGAAAUUAUCACGCAGGCUCCUGUUUUCACGAUGCCGAUAAAAGAUCUUCGCGUUGCUGAAAAUCAAGCAGCGCAUUUCGAGGCACGUGUCAUUCCAGUUGGAGACUCCAAACUUAAAGUGGAAUGGUUGCGUAAUGGAGUUCCUAUUUCAGCCUCAAAUCGCGUAACAACCAUGCAUGAUUUUGGCUACGUCGCUCUAAAUAUGAAGUACGUCAAUCCCGAAGAUUCAGGGACUUACACGUGUCGUGCAACAAACGAACUUGGGGAAGCAGUUACUUCAGCAACAUUGUUCGUCCAAUCCAAAGCAGCCUUGCAGUUCGAAUCGCAACACGAGAGCGCUUUGUCGAAAAUCCAAGCUCUGGAAGACACCUCGAAGUAUCAGCGUCGCGAGGAGGAAGAAAUUGUGGUAAAGGAAAAACCAUCCUUCACGGUCCAACUAAACGGACCUACCAGUCUGGUCGAAGGUCAAAGCGCACAUUAUGAGUGUCGCAUAGAACCCUAUCCUGAUCCUAACAUGAAGGUGGAGUGGUUCCAUAAUGGCAAACCAUUGUCCACUGGUCAUCGGUACAGAACUACUUGUGAUUUCGGAUUCGCGUCACUGGACGUGUUGACUGUAUAUGCCGAGGAUUCGGGCACAUACACUUGCCAAGCCACCAAUAAAUUGGGAUCGGCAAAGAGUUCGAUUAAUCUGGACGUGAAAUCUCGAGCAUCAAUUAUCCGUGACACGCAACACGAAAGCGCAUUGAAGAAGAUACAGUACCUGGAGGACGACUCACGAUAUAAACGCGUGAUUGAAGAUGAUACAAUUAUUGCCGAGAAACCCGCUUUCGGACGUCCGCUGAAGAACAUUGAACAUCUUCCAGAAGGCAAAAGCGCCCAUCUCGAAGCGACGUUGACUCCCGUGAAUGAUCCGACAAUGAUCGUCGAAUGGUUCAGAGACGGACGUCCCAUUCCUCAAGGACACAAGUUCAAGACUACCUACGAUUUCGGAUAUGUCGCCCUCGAUAUUCUAUACGCUUAUCCCGAAGAUUCCGGUACUUAUAUGUGCAAAGCAAGAAAUGCUGCUGGCGAAGCAGUUACUACUUGCGUGAUCGGCGUAGACUCGAAACAAGGCUUGUAUCUCGAUACACUGGAUGCCCAACGUCUACAAAAGAUUCGGGAGUUGGAAACUGUUGAAGUUAAACAAGAGGUUGAAAAAGAGGUUAUUCAUCAGAAACCUGUCUUCUUGACACCACUGAACAACCUGGAUCACCUCAAAGAAGGCGAACAUGCUCAUCUGGAAUGUCGCGUGGAACCAAUUAAUGAUCCGAACUUGAAAAUUGAAUGGUUCGUUAACGGAGUUGCAAUCAAAACUGGUCAUCGCUUCCGUACUACGCACGAUUUCGGCUAUGUAGCUCUUGAUAUUCUUUACACCUAUCCUGAAGAUUCCGGCACUUAUAUGUGCAAAGCUACAAACUUGGCCGGUGAAGCCGUCAACACCUGCACUAUCAAAGUUGGCUCACGUCGAAGUAUUCUUCUGGAUACCCAGCAUCCAGACGGUCUAGAAAAGAUUCGAGAAUUAGAGGCCCAGGGUCAUCCUGCACGAUUGGAAAUUGAAGAACCGCCAGUGACGCCGCCAAGAUUUGUUACCGAACUCAGGGGCACAACUGAGAUAUACGAAGGGCAGACCGCUCAUUUCGAGUGUCAGGUGGAACCUCUGCACGAUGCUAAUUUGAGAAUCGAAUUCUUCCACAAUGGCAAACCGUUACCAUCGGCAGCACGCUUCCACGUAACUUUCGACUUCGGAUAUGUAGCUCUCGAUAUUGGUCACGCCGUACCAGAAGAUGCUGGACAAUAUUCCGUACGUGCAAUCAACGCACUAGGACAAUGCGUGUCAUCCAUCGAGCUCAAAGUAAUUCCACGAGACAAUAUCAUCCUGGAUUCUCAACGACCUGAAGGAAUGGACAAAAUCCGGGAACUCGAGGCUCAGCAACCAUGGAAGAGACCGGAUGUGCCUGAACCUCAGACUCGGCAGCGGCCCGUCUUUACUCAACCUUUGCAAAAUAUUGACAGCAUUGCCGAAGGCCACACCGCACAUUUCGAAUGCAGACUCAUACCCGUGGGUGAUCCUAUGCUCAAAGUGGAGUGGUUCAGAAACGAAGUGCCUCUCGAAACAAGUUCGCGAAUUACGAAAGUGCACGAUUUUGGAUACGUAUCUUUGGACAUCGCUCACGUGCGUGACGAAGACGAAGGUGUUUAUAUGUGCCGCGCUUCGAAUCCAUUGGGUGAAGCGGUAACCACGGCUUCAAUGAAGAUUAAGACCAAAGCGAGUAUACAACUUGAUACUCAGCAUCCGGAGGCGCAACGUAGAAUUGCUCAAUUGGAGGCGAAAGAAGUUGACCGACCUGAGGAACCAGAGAAGGUCUUCGAUAAACCUAUCUUCACACAAUUAUUGACCGGGCCAACCGAACUUUGGGAGGGACAAAUGGCUAGAUAUGAAUGUAGAGUCGUUCCUGUCGGCGACGCGAGCUUAAGAUUUGAAUGGUACAUGAAUGGAGUCGAAUUAAAAUUGGGUUCACGCUUUCGUGUAAACCAUGACUUCGGAUACGUGACGUUAGAUAUUCUGAAAGUCAUCCCCGAAGAUUCUGGCGUUUACACUUGUAAAGCGAUCAAUAAAGCUGGAGAAGCGGUCUCGUCAAUUUCGCUGAAAGUGAAAGCACGUUCAGCCAUCGAUUCCGAAAGCAUACAAGCUGAUGCAUGGCAGAAGAUCCAAUUGAAAGAAGCUGAGAUGAAUAAAGUGCCAGAAAUGUUCGUCGAUACGACACCGCAGCAGGCGCCCGUUUUCACUAAGCACCUCGAGAGCUUCGAUAAACUGACAGAGGGUCAACGUGUUUACUUGGAAGCUCAAGUAGAGCCGCGAGCAGACCCCAACUUGAGAGUAGAAUGGUUUAAAAAUGGUAUGCCACUCCAGACCGGAACUAGACUUCGCAGUACGUUUGACUUUGGUCUAGUAACACUGUCGAUUAACGGUCUAAGACCCGAUGAUUCUGCAAUUUACACUUGUAAAGCGACUAAUCUUCUGGGAGAAGCUGUAUCGACCUGCAGUUUGAAAAUCGUCGAUCGUCAUUGGCUAUUGGGAGACACUCUGCAUCCUGACGCUCUCCCGAAACUCGAUGCUCUAGAACAGCCUCAAGUAUUUUCCACCGAACAGCCAGAGCCUACUUAUGAAGAACCGGUGUUUAUCACUCAUCUAAAUAAUGUGGAAUGCCUUGAAGGCGAUAAUGCUCACUUCGAAUGUAACGUGGAGCCAUCAAAAGAUCCAACCAUGAAAAUUGAGUGGUUCCUCAACAAUAAACCUUUGCCGACUGGCGCAAGAUUUAAGAGUACAUACGACUUUGGCUACGUAGCAUUAGACAUGACUCACGUUUAUGAGGAAGAUUCCGGUAUAGUUACCGUUAAAGCUACUAAUUCGAAGGGAAGUGCGCAAACGUCGGGUACUUUGAAAUGUACCAGCAAACAGAACAUUUAUUUACAAACGCAACAUCCGCAAGGAGAGGCCGGACUCGAGAGAGUGAAGGAAGCCGAAGACGCUUAUCUGUCAAAAUACAAAAGACCGGAAGAUAUGCCCGAACACGAAUAUCCUAAACCAAUCUGGACAGUACCUCUUCAGCCUGAGUUUAAGCUAGGAGAAUCCGAGCCAUUGCAUUUAGAGGGACAAGUUGAACCGAAAGAUGAUCCUAAUUUGAAGAUUGAUUGGUACUUCAAUGGAAAACCUUUGGAACACGGUUCACGCUUUAAAAUGACCAGCGAUUUUGGAUUCGUUACUUUAGAUCUAACGGACGUUUAUGAGCGUGAUUCUGGUAUUUACACUUGCAAGGCUCACAACAAGGCGGGCGAGGCUUUCACAUCGACAACUAUUUACUGCUCUACCAAGGAAAAUAUUAUCGAAAAGUCGCAACAUCCUAAAGGUAAGGAAGGUCUGGAAGCUAUCCAGGAUCUGGAAGAGUCGUUGAAACGACAAGAAGGAGUUCUACCGGGAGAAGAAGAGGGUCAGCCACCAAUGUUCACGUCACAAUUUGAAAAUCUGACUAAUCUGUCAGAAGGAGAGAUCGCUCACUUUGAGGCGUCUCUCAUUCCUACUGGCGAUCAAACUAUGGUGGUCGAAUGGUUCUACAACGGCAAAGCUUUGGAAGCUAGCCAUCGUACAAGAACUGUUUACGCUUUUGGCAUGGUUGUUCUCGAAGUUCUUGGUACUAAAAUAGAAGAUUCAGGCACAUACACUUGCAGAGCCACCAACAAAUGGGGCAGAGCAGAAAUCAGUGUGCAUUUAGAAUGCAUCGACAAGUCCAAAGGACAGAAACCUAAGUUCACGACACAGAUUCAGUCCUUGGAGGGUCUGAAAGACGGUCAAUCGGCACACUUUGAAUGCACUCUAAUUCCAGUGGGUGACCCGCACAUGAAAGUCGAGUGGUUUCAUAACGGGAAACCUCUACGACACUCGUCGCGCUUCAAGAUGGUCUCCGAUUUCGGCUUCGUAGUUAUGGAUAUCGCCGGAGUAAUGUCUCACGACACCGGAGAAUAUGUUUGCAAAGCUAGCAACAAAUACGGUGAGGAUUAUACGAAAGCCACGAUUAGAUGCUUCGGCAAGAGCGGAGUUUAUCUGGACUCGCUGCAACCGGACUCACUCGCACGGAUCCGGGAACUCGAGAGUUAUACUGGAGAGCAAGCAACUACUCCUACAACUCCUGUCGCCGAGCCACCAAAGUUUAUUACGCAGAUCGCUGAUAUUACGAAAUUGGUAGAAGGACAGUCCGCACACUUCGAGGCUAGACUCACCCCGGUCAACGAUCCCGACCUGAAAGUCGAGUGGUAUUAUAAUGGCAAGAAACUUCCUCAUGGUCAUCGAUAUCGUACCUUCCAUGAUUUCGGUAUCGUUAUCCUCGAUAUACUCUACUGUUAUGAAGAGAAUUCCGGGGUUUACGAGUGCAGAGCCGUUAACAAGUACGGUGAAGAUUCCACGAAAGCGACACUCAAGUGCUACUCUAAGGCUAAUCUUAUCUUGGAGUCGCAAUUACCGAAAGGCAUGGAAGGUGGUCUGGAGAAAAUUCAAAAUCUCGAAGACUCGAUGAUACGCACGAGAGACGAAAAAGCCGUAGAAGAACGUGGCAAGGCUCCAGUUUUCACUGUGCCUUUAAGUAACAUCGAUGGUCUUCGUGAGGGAGAAAGUGCUCAUUUCGAAGCACGAUUAACACCUACAGACGAUCCAAAAUUAAAGGUCGAAUGGUUCUGGAACGGUAAACCACUGCGAACGGGAUCUCGUUUCCGCACUUUCUGCGACUUUGGUUUCGUCAUUUUGGAAAUCUCUCCCAUCUACCCUGAAGACUCUGGCGAAUAUAGCUGCAGAGCGACAAAUGACUAUGGUGAGGCAGUGACUACAUGCACGAUGAAGUGUACGGGUAAACGUAGCAUCAUUCUGGAGUCUCAGCUACCCAAAGGAAUGGAAAGCACAAUUGAUAAGAUUGCCGAGUUAGAAGGCCUUGGAAACGUUCCGGGCCAACCCAGUCCCGAAGAUGACACCGGAAGACCGCCAGAGUUCAUUACAACUCCUUCUGAUUUGACAUUGACCGAGAACUCUCUUGCUCAUUUCGAAUGCCGAUUGCAGCCAAUUAACGAUUCUAGCAUGAGAGUCGAAUGGUUCCACAAUGGCAAGCCUCUUCUCGCUGGUAGCAGAGUGAAGACUAUUCACGACUUUGGCUUCGUUAUUCUAGAAGUGGCAAAUUGCUAUCAACGCGAUUCUGGUUUAUACACUUGUAAAGCUACCAAUCGCCAUGGCGAAGCCACGGUAUCCUGCAAGCUGCAAGUCCGCGGACGUCAAGGUAUCAUCUUAGAACCUCAAUUACCGAGCAACUUCAAGACCGGCACAGAGAGUAUUCAGAAAUUGGAAGAGUCUCUGUACAAAAGAGACGAAAUCUUGGCGGAAGAGGAAACGCCGAAUCCACCAAGAUUUAUUGUCGAACUUAAGGACAUCGAGGUUGAGGAAGCUGGACCAAGCCACUUCGAUUGCAGAGUAGAACCUGUGAGUGAUCCGACCAUGCGCAUCGAUUGGUUCCACAAUGGUCGACCCUUCGCGACCGGCUCUCGAGUUCAUCAGAUCAAUGAUUUUGGAUUCAUAUCACUGGAUAUGUCGUACACGUACGCACGAGAUAGCGGCGAGUAUGUUUGCAGAGCUACUAACAAAUGGGGCACUGCUACUACCAAGGCCACCAUCACUUGUAAAUCCAAGAAAACAAUAGACUUUGACUCCCAACUGCCAAUGGGAAUGAGUGGUGAAAAAUUAAAGGAACUGGAGCGAGGACCGGUUUCUCAAGCUCCUGCGGAAGAAGCACCGCGACAACCACCUCAUUUCAUCACACAAAUUCAGUCGGCAACCGUAGAUGAGGGUGAACCGGUCAGAUUCGAGUGCCGCGUGGAACCCAAGGAAGAUCCUAAUCUACGCAUCGAAUGGUACAGGAAUGGUAAAUUAAUACCUGCUGGGCACAGGUACAGAUCAGUUUACGACAUGGGAUUCGUGUCGAUGGACAUCCUGUACGUCUAUCCUGAGGAUUCUGGCGAAUACGUCUGCAAGGCUAUCAAUGAUCUGGGAGAAGACACUACCCGAGCUGCCGUAUCCUGCAAAAAAUUACCAAACAUUAUCCUGCAAAAUCAAGUACCAAAAGGUAUGAAGAAAUCUGAGGCUUUGAUGCAGAUGGAAGCGACAAUCAAAAAAUAUACUUCGGAAGUUCAUCUGACCGAAGAUGAUUUAUACGAUGCAGACAAGAAACAGCCGCCUCGUUUUGUUACGCAGAUUCAAGAUCAGACGGAUCUUGUUGAAAUGAAUAGUACCAAGUUCGAAUGCCAAUUGGCGCCUGUGGGUGAUCCAAACAUGAAAGUCGAGUGGUUCUUCAACGGCAAACCAUUACCUCAUAAGAAUCGAUUCACGCCUAUCUAUGAUUUUGGUUACGUAGCGAUGAACUUCGGUUGGGUCUAUCCAGAAGAUAGUGGUGAAUACCUAUGCAGAGCUACAAAUCUUUACGGAAUGGACGAGACUAGAGCUAUAAUCAGAACCGCGGGAAAACCCGGUAUCAUUUACGAGUCUCAGCUUCCUAAAGGGAUGAAAAGUAUUGAAAAGAUUAGGGAAAUGGAAGCAGCAUGGCAGAUUGUACCCGAAGAGGAAGGUGAGGAAGAAAAAGUACGCUCAGCACCUGUCUUUGUGAGUAAACCCGAACCGGUAACUGUUGAAGAAGGCGACUGGUCUAGAUUCUGCUGUCGCGUCACUGGACAUCCAAGACCUCGUGUUAUGUGGAUAAUCAAUGGUCAUACGGUGGUCAAUGGAUCUCGUUAUAAACUAACAUAUGAUGGCAUGUAUCAUCUGGAUAUCCCGAAAACUAGACAAUACGAUCACGGUAAAGUGGAGGUGAUCGCAAGGAGCUCCGUUGGCGAAGCACGUACGGAAACGACUUUGACAGUUAAACAGCGAAGCGACGAUUAUCGCGGUGUAUUGAAAAAUUCGCCAAGACCCUGGUACGAUUAUGGACUAACGCAGUACCAAAGCGAGCGACAGAAUACAGAACUGGAGCGCGUGUUUGAUGAACGCCACCAGAGCGUUUCUCAGGGCAUAGAAAUAGCCACGGAACAUCUUGCUCCUAAAGUUAUCAAAGAGCCUGAAACUGAGUGGCAGAAAUCCGUGAAAAACAAAAAGAAUGAGGACUAUUAUAAUAAACUGAUGACUCUCGAGGAGGAGCAAAUGCUCAAAGAAAGCAGAUUAAGGGAGGCCUCGCAUCAGUUCGCCAUUCCUGGCGACAAAAUUGUUUCAGAUUCUGUAGCAAGAGGAAUGGCACAAAAGUAUGAAGAGAAUUUGGAGGAACAACCUCUGCAACCGGUGCAACCACCGCCGAAAUAUGUGAAGAAACCGCACGUUACGGAAGUAGAUAUAGACACAGAGCGUAUUAAGGCCACCGGAAAAUAUCCUCCGGAACCGUCGGAAUCCACAGUUCAUGGUCGCGAGGUUCAUGUGGCUAAGCAGAAGCAGACACAGAAAGAAGUCAAAGGUGAUACAGAAAUAACUAGAAAAAUCACAGCAACAGAGACCACAGAAGUGGAACACAAAGCAAAGACGCAAGAGCGCGUAGUUCAAGGCCAAGUUAAACCAGCCAAACCGCCCGUCUUCACGAAGAAGAUUCAACCCUGCAGAGCGUUCGAGCAAGAACAGGCUAAAUUCGAGGUCGAAUUCGAUGGUGAUCCAUUGCCGACCAUCAAGUGGUAUCGCGAGGAUUUCCCUAUACAAAAUUCGGCCGAUCUCCAAAUUUACACCUUCAAUACUAAAUCGGUGUUGAUUAUCAGACAAGUCUUCAUGGAAGACUCCGGUGUCUUUUCUGUCAUCGCCGAGAACAGGGGAGGAAAGGCCAAAUGCAGUGCCAAUUUGGUCGUGGAGGAACGCAGAAGGCAACCUGGACGAGGUGGUGUGAUACCACCCAGCUUCCUGUCUACUAUUCAACCUACUUCCGUAGCUACCGGACAGCUCGCUAGAUUUGACGCCAAAAUCACUGGCACUAAACCUUUGGACGUUUAUUGGCUCAAGAACGGCAAGAAAAUAACAGCGGAUAUUCGUUAUAAAACUUUGGAAGAGGAUAACACUUAUACGCUUCUGAUCUUGGAGACGGUGCCGGAAGACACUGCCAAGUACGAGUGCGUUGCGAUUAAUAGUGCCGGAGAAGCACGAUGUGAAGGGGAAUGCACUGUUCGCGGACCUCAAUCUCCAACAAAAGUCGCGAAACUCACAACACCGACAGUGGAAAAAGCGCCGACUGUUUUGGAACCGUUGAGGGAUCAAACCAUUAAAGAGGGUACUUCCGUUGCUUUCGCCUGCAGGAUUAUAGGAAAACCCGUUCCUACUGUGCAAUGGAAAAAAGCCGACAAGGUGAUCAAACCGUCGAAGUACUUCCAAAUGCAUAAAGAAGGCGAUUUUUGUACCCUGAGGAUUUCGGAGGCAUUCCCCGAAGAUGAAGGCGUAUACAAAUGUAUUGCCAAAAAUCCCGCUGGUGAGGUUACCACAUCCGCCAAUCUCAGAGUUCUCGCACCCGACACAGGUGAUGUUUUACCAAAGCUGACGCCUCUGAAGGACCAGAUAGUCAUGGAAGGACAGCCGGCUCAAUUCAAGACCCAAGUGAGCCCAGCGAAGCCAAAGCCGACGAUUCAGUGGUACCGAGAGGGUGCCUUGAUCCCGCAAUCGCCAGACUUCCAGAUGAUUCAUGAAGGCAACAACGCAGUGCUACUCAUAGCAACCACCUACGAGGAGGAUACUGGCACCUUCACCUGCCGCGCUACAACCUCAGCCGGUACCGUAGAAACGUCCGCCAAACUCAUCGUCAAAAAAAGAAAAGGAGCUUAUUAUCCGGUUCCCGCGGAAAUUGACGCCAGUAUAGGAGUAGAUGAGAAAUUUCAUAAAGAUAGAAGAGAAGAUAUUGUAUUAAGAUCUCUUGACGAAAAUGGUUUACCACUUCAAGUACAGCUUCAACCAGGUGAUGAAUCACUGCCUUGGCGAACAGGACGCGUACAACAUCGACCUCAGGUUAGAGACUCACUUCCAUGGCGGAAAGUGAAAACAAAAUCGAGAGAUUCCUCUUUGGACAAGCUUCGAGCUUUCGAAAGUCAAAUAAAACCAUGGACCGAGGAAGAAGUAGUUUUGAAGAAAACUCCACAGAUUGUCAAAGAUGUAGCAAAAGAAAAACUGGAAGAAGUUGAAUUGAGGCCGGCAAAGAUUGAGAAAAAAGAAAUUUAUGCAUCCGACCUUGAAACUGUCAAAUUGAAAUCCGUACCUAGAGAUGUAACAAAAGUUGUAACAACUGAAGAAAAAGUAACUCAUAUCGACGAUACCCAGAUGGAACUUUAUAGAGAAGAAGCAGAUGCUACUUUGCUAAAAACAUCACGUCGUUUAGAUGAAACUGUGUCAAAAAAGGAGAAAGACGAAAUAUCAAAACCAUGGACAGACGAACAAAUCAUCUUAAAGAAAACAAAACCUAAGACGAAAAUUUUAGAAGAAGAGACCCUUGAAAAAAUAGAUUAUCACGAAGAAGAGGACAGAUCAUUGCUCAGUAUUUCAAAAGACGAGGAAACGCGGAAAAUAAAGAAAGAAAAGCCUAUUAUAGAAAAACCAGAACAAUCAAAACCAUGGACGGAAGAACAAAUUGUCUUGAAGAAAGCAAAACCGGAACGAAAAGAAAUACCUAAAGAAAUGGUAGAAACUGUUUCACUAAAACCUUCGCAAAUAAUAAAAAAGGAUAUUUCAAAACCUACUUUGGAAACAGCAGACCUUAAACCAAUUCCCAAGGAAAAAUCUGAAGUAAGUUCAGUAGAAGAAGUUUCACGCACUGACGUGUCCGUAAUUGAAGAAGCCACGAGCAAAGAGGUCGAUAAAAUAAUCAUAGAGAAAACAGAUAAAACAAAACCUUGGACAGAAGAAAGAAUAACUUUAAAGAAAUCUCAACCUAUCCAAAGAGAAAUAGAACAAGAAGUACUGGAAACUGUAGAGUUAAAGCCAUCAAGACUCACUAAAAUGGAAUUGCGAAAACCAAGCUUAGAGAAAGUAGAUUUGAAACCUAUUACAAAAGAGAAAACGGAAAAAGAUACUAUAAAAACCGUUAAAACAGCUGACUAUAUUGAAAAAGAAGAUACAACUUUACUUCAAGUUACAUCGGAAGAAGAAACUAAAAUUACCAUUGAUAAGAAGAUAAAGAAAGAAGAAGAAAUACCACAAGAAAAGCCAGAAUCAAAACCAUGGACAGAAGAAAAAAUUACUUUGAAGAAAUCUAAACCUAUUCGGAAAGAAAUAGAAAAAGAAGUACUAGAAACCGUAGAGUUAAAACCAUCUAGACCUACUAAGACGGAAUUACGAAAACCAAGCUUAGAAAAAGUAGAUUUGAAGCCUGUUACAAAAGAAAAACCGGAAAUAAGUGUUACAGAAACUGCUAAAACAGCUGAUUAUGUUGAAAAAGAAGAUACUAGUUUACUUCAAGUUACAUCGGAAGAGGAAACUAAAAUUAUCAUUGAUAAAAAAGUAAAGAGAGAAGAAAAAGUAUCACAAGAAAAACCAGAAUUGAAACCAUGGACGGAACAGAAAAUUACUUUGAAGAAAUCUAAACCUAUCCGGAAAGAAAUAGACAAAGAAGUAUUGGAAACCGUAGAGUUAAAACCAUCUAGACCUACUAAGACGGAAUUACGAAAACCAAGCUUAGAAAAAGUCGAUUUGAAGCCUGUUACAAAAGAAAAACCGGAAAUAAGUGUUACAGAAACUGCUAAAACAGCCGACUAUAUUGAAAAAGAAGAUACAACUUUACUUCAAGUUACAUCGGAAGAAGAAACUAAAAUUACCAUUGAUAAGAAGAUAAAGAAAGAAGAAGAAAUACCACAAGAAAAACCAGAAUUGAAACCAUGGACGGAACAGAAAAUUACUUUGAAGAAAUCUAAACCUAUCCGGAAAGAAAUAGACAAAGAAGUAUUGGAAACCGUAGAGUUAAAACCAUCUAGACCUACUAAGACGGAAUUACGAAAACCAAGCUUAGAAAAAGUCGAUUUGAAGCCUGUUACAAAAGAAAAACCGGAAAUAAGUGUUACAGAAACUGCUAAAACAGCCGACUAUAUUGAAAAAGAAGAUAUAACUUUACUUCAAGUUACAUCGGAAGAGGAAACUAAAAUUACCAUUGAUAAGAAAAUAAAGAGAGAAGAAGAAAUACCACAAGAAAAGCCAGAAUCAAAACCAUGGACGGAACAGAAAAUUACUUUGAAGAAAUCUAAACCUAUUCGGAAAGAAAUAGAAAAAGAAGUACUGGAAACUGUAGAGUUAAAACCAUCAAAACCUACUAAGACGGAAUUGCGAAAACCAAGUUUGGAAAAAGUGGAUUUGAAGCCUCUUACAAAGGAAAAACCAAAACCAGAAACCGCUCAAAUAGCUGAUUAUGUUGAACAGGAGGAUGCUACAUUACUUCAAGUUUCAACUGAGAUGCAUGAUACUGUCAAACGAGCAACAUCGCGCACAGACAAAAAGUUAGUCACAGAAGAAAAACGUGACAUUGAAGGAACGUUUGCUGAAGAGGAAGAUACUACUUUGCUUAAAGUUACAUCAGAGCAAGAAACCAAGCUUAGUAUUGGAAAGAAACCACAGAGAAAAGAAGAAAUACCGCAAGAAAAGCCAAAACCAUGGACAGAAGAAAAAAUUACUUUAAAGAAAUCUAAACCUAUCCGAAAAGAAAUAGAAAAAGAAACUCUUGAAGAUAUAUCACUAAAACCAGUACCAAAAAUAGAUAAAGUGGUAUUAAAGAAAGAAGACGUAGAAACAAUCGAUUUAAAAUCUGUCGAAACAAAAACUGUGGACUUAAUUGAGAUUAAAAAGCCAGAAGAAAAAGUACAAUAUUAUGAAGAAGAAGAUAAAGUUAUUAUUGAAACCGAUAAAGAUGUCGAAACUACUAAGAAAGUAAUGCGUAAAACGAAACCCAGUAUGCCAUAUACGGAAAAAGAAGAUACCACAAUUCUUGAUAUUGAUAAAACUGAUGUAACAACAAUAAAAUCUGUGGAAGAAGAGAUACCUGUACCGUGGAUUAGAGGAAGAAAGGCAAAAGAAAAGAAAGAAGUAGAAGAAAUUAAACAAAUAUCUGAAGCUAAACUAGAAGAAGAUAAACCUACAGAGAUUUCGGAAGCUCCAUGGCGCCGUAAACCAAAACCUUCAAAAAUACAAGAAAAAGUUUCAGAAAUCGUACCUGAAGAAGAAAAAUCUGAAAAAACUCUGGAGUUACCAUGGAAACGUGGAAAGACUAUCAUAAAACCCGUUAAAGAAGAACCUCAAACUGAAGACUUUACGUCUGUUAUGCUAAAACCAACAAAACGGCAUGAAAAACUGGAAGAACAAAAAUCAAUGGAAGAAACUGUACUCAAGCCAGUAAAACAAUUGCCUAAAGAAAAAGAAAUACCAGAAGAAGUCACUCUUAAAUCAAUUAAAAAAGAAUUAAAAGCAGACAAAGCAUCUGAAAACAUUGAAGAAAUUAAUGGAGAAGUAACCACAGAGAAAGUGGAUUUACCAUGGAGACGUAAAAAGCCAAAACAACAAGAAGAAAAACCCGAAGAAAUAAAGCCUGAGGAAGUAGUUUUGAAACCCGUGAAGAGACUUCCUAAAGAGGAAGAGACAAAGGAGGAGAUAACAUUGAAGCCAGUGAAGAAAGAGAUACUUGAAGAAAAACCUGAAGAAGUUCGUCUAAAACCGGUGAAACGAAUAGAAAAGCCUGAAGAAGUAAAGCCUGAGGAAGUGGUUCUGAAACCUGCCAAGAGGCUUCCCAAAGAGGAAGAGAAAAAGGAGGAGAUAACAUUGAAGCCAGUGAAGAAAGAGAAACCUGAAGAAAAACCGGAAGAGGUACAUUUGAAACCAGUUAAACGCACAGAAAAACCCGAAGAAGCAAAGCCUGAGGAAGUGGUUUUGAAACCUGUCAAGAGGCUUCCCAAAGAGGAAGAGACAAAGGAGGAGAUAACGUUGAAGCCAGUGAAGAAAGAGAAACCUGAAGAAAAACCCGAAGAGAUUCAUUUAAAACCGGUAAAACGCAUAGAAAGGCCCGAAGAAGCAAAGCCUGAGGAGGUGGUUUUAAAACCUGUCAAGAGGCUUCCCAAAGAGGAAGAGACAAAGGAGGAGAUAACGUUGAAGCCAGUGAAGAAAGAGAAACCUGAAGAAAAACCCGAAGAGAUUCGUCUAAAACCGGUAAAACGCAUAGAAAGGCCCGAAGAAGCAAAACCUGAGGAAGUGGUUCUGAAACCUGUCAAGAGGCUUCCCAAAGAGGAAGAGACAAAGGAGGAGAUAAUGUUGAAGCCAGUGAAGAAAGAGAAACCUGAAGAAAAACCCGAAGAGAUUCAUCUAAAACCGGUAAAACGCAUAGAAAGGCCCGAAGAAGCAAAGCCUGAGGAAGUAGUUCUGAAACCUGUCAAGAGGCUUCCCAAAGAGGAAGAGACAAAGGAGGAGAUAACAUUGAAGCCAGUGAAGAAAGAGAAACCUAAAGAAAAACCUGAAGAGGUUCUUUUAAAACCAAUAAAGCGCAUAGAAAAGCUCGAAGAAGCAAAGCCUGAGGAAGUAGUUUUGAAACCUGUUAAGAAGCUUCCUAAAGAGGAAGAGAUAAAAGAGGAGAUAACAUUGAAGCCAGUGAAGAAAGAAAAACCUGAAGAAAAACCGGAAGAGGUACAUUUGAAACCAGUUAAACGCACAGAAAAACCCGAAGAAGCAAAACCUGAGGAAGUAGUUCUAAAACCUGUCAAGAGGCGUCCCAAAGAGGAAGAAACAAAGGAAGAAAUAACGUUGAAGCCAGUGAAGAAAGAAAAACCGGAAGAGAAACCUGAAGAGGUUCGUCUAAAACCGAUAAAGCGCAUAGAAAAGCCUGAAGAAGCAAAGCCUGAGGAAGUGGUUCUGAAACCUGUUAAGAAGCUUCCUAAAGAGGAAGAGAUAAAAGAGGAGAUAACAUUGAAGCCAGUGAAGAAAGAAAAACCUGAAGAAAAACCUGAAGAAGUUCAUUUGAAACCGAUAAAACGCAUAGAAAAGCCCGAAGAAGCAAAGCCUGAGGAAGUAGUUCUAAAACCUGUCAAGAGGCGUCCCAAAGAGGAAGAAACAAAGGAAGAAAUAACGUUGAAGCCAGUGAAGAAAGAAAAACCGGAAGAGAAACCUGAAGAGGUUCGUCUAAAACCGAUAAAGCGCAUAGAAAAGCCUAAAGAAGCAAAGCCUGAGGAAGUGGUUCUGAAACCUGUCAAGAGGCUUCCCAAAGAGGAAGAGACAAAGGAGGAGAUAACAUUGAAGCCAGUGAAGAAAGAGAAACCUGAAGAAACACCCGAAGAGAUUCGUCUAAAACCGGUAAAACGCAUAGAAAGGCCCGAAGAAGCAAAGCCUGAGGAAGUGGUGUUGAAACCUGUCAAGAGGCUUCCCAAAGAGGAAGAGGAAAAGGAGGAGAUAACGUUGAAGCCAGUGAAGAAAGAGAAACCUGAAGAAAAACCCGAAGAAGUUCGUUUGAAACCGAUAAAACGCAUAGAAAAGCCCGAAGAAGCAAAGCCUGAGAAAGUGGUUCUGAAACCUGUUAAGAAGCUUGUUAAAGAGAAAGAAACUCAGGAACAAAUUAUUCUGAAACCAGUAGAAAAGGAAGACUCUGUGGAAAUAAUAUCAAAACCUGAAUUGGUGCCAGAAAAGAUGGAUAAACCUGUUGAAGAGAAACCAACAGAGAUAGCGGCAGCUCCUUGGCGACGUACGAAACGAGCAAAGAAAAUCGUUGAUUUUCGAGAGGAGGUUACAGUAGUGCCCAUUGAUCAAGAAGAAUCAGUUACAGAAGUUUGUGAACAAAAAGAAACGACCGAAGAUAUUCAAGAACUUGUUGAAAAGAAAGUAGAACCUGUGCAAUUGCAUAAAGAAGAAAAAGUAAUUGAAGAUAUUAUAACAAGCGAAGUUUCAUGGAGGAAAAAGAAACAGAAACUUCCCGAAGAAAUAAAGGUGGAAAAAUCUGAAACUGCACAGCCUGAAGAACAUGUACCAAUUGCAAUUCCAAUUAAAGAUGAAAAAGUAUCUGAACUCAUUGAAAAGGAUACAAUUCAAUUGAAACCAGUUCCUAAAAAGAAACCGAAAAAAGAAGAAAAACCAGAGGAAAUUAAAUUAAAACCUGUAAAACUUGAGGAGCAAACAACAAAAGUGGAAGAUAAAGAAGAAACCAUUAUUGAAACGGUUAAAACAGUAUUUAGGAAAAAGGAAAAGAUACCCGAAGAAAUCAUGCCUGUUGAGGAAAAACCAGAGGUUAUGACAGAAACGAAAGAAAUUAAGGAAAUUGUUGAAGAUGUUGAAUUACAAGUCAAAAAAGAUAUUACGCAAGUAGAAGAUCGUAAGAGAAAACGCAGACCACGUACUCAGGUCGACAUAUCUAUCAUGGAUAAAGAUAAAACUAUUGCUCCACGAUUUAUCCAGAAAUUACAACCUGUUAUCGCUGAGUUUGAAAAACCUGCCAAAUUCACGUGUACUGUAAUAGGAAAUCCCGUACCCGAAAUAUCUUGGUAUAAAAACGAACAAGAACUCCAUGCAAGUGAAAAAUACACGAUGACGAUAUUUGAGACAACUGCAACUUUAGAAAUAACAAAAGUCAAAGAAGAAGAUGUUGCCAUGUAUUCUUGCAGAGCAUCCAACCCAGCUGGAGUAGCAACGUCUACUGUCAAUCUCGUGAUAUUCGAAAAAGAAGAGGAAGGCAUAGCACCGCAUUUCCCAACGCCAAUUAAACCGCUAAUGAUCGAAGAACAUACACCUGCUUUAUUGGAAUGUGUUGUAACAGGUACACCAGUACCAGAAGUAAAAUGGUAUCGCGGUGAGAAAGAAGUAAAACCAAACGAAAAAACCGAAAUAACUUUCAACCCGGAAACUGGAGAAGCUAAGCUUCAAAUUUUAGAACCAACGCCUGAGGAUGAAACGAUUUAUCGCGUACGUGCUGUAAAUAAAUACGGUCGUGCUGAAUGCAGAGCCAACUUGGUAAUUAGUAACAUCGUUAAAGUAAGCAAACCAAUUGUGCUUAGAGCACCGCGAAUUACACGACCUCUGCCUGCUCUCGUAGCAGAGCGUGGAAAGCCUCUGAAACUUUUAGCUGACUUCGAAGGCGUGCCAAAGCCUGAAGUUAAGUGGUACCGGAAUGGUGUUGAGAUUACACCAACUGACAAGCGCAAGAUAAAUGUUUACGAAAGCACAGCCGAAUUGAUCAUAUCUGAUGUCACGAAGAAAGAUAGCGGGAAGUAUGAGAUCAGAGUUCAGAAUGAAGUCGGUGAAGCAAGAAGUUCAAGUUCCGUCACCAUUAAGGAACGCAAAGAUACUACGAGCGAAGUGAAAGCGCCGAGAUUUGUGGAACCAAUUCAGCCCCAACUCGUUGCUGAAGGAGAAGUUGUUAUCAUGGAAACACGGGUAGAAUCAUAUCCCACAGCAUCCUUCCAAUGGUUUCAUGAAAGCAAACCACUUGAGUCAACGCCACAAGUAAGGAUUGUGACUCAAGAGAAUCGAUCAAUCUUAAUGGUGAAACAAGUCACACCGGAACUCGCCGGCAGCUACACCUGCCGUGCUGAGAAUGUUGGUGGCUCUGUAACUUGUACAGCUACUGUGAAUAUCACCGAAACAACAUGGGAGGAAGCAGUUGAAUUAGUUUCACCGACAUUCGUUAAGAGACUCUCACCCGUAAGAGUCAUGGAUGGUGAGAGCGUCAAUCUGACUUGUAUCGUUGAAGGAAAACCGACGCCUAGAGUAGAAUGGUAUCACAAUGAAAAAUCGAUCAAAGAAGGCAAAGAAAUUACGAUUGUCCAAGAUAUGGAGGGCGUGUGCAGCCUGGCUAUUACUGAAGUAUUCCCAGAGGAUGCUGGAGAAUACACUUGCCGUGCUGUAAAUCCCGUUGGCGAAGCUGUCUGCAAAUCGUCGCUCGUUGUCGAAGCUUACGAGUAUGUGCCUGACUCAGAAAUUGCAUCGUCGAUAGUCGCGACGUCACUUACUACAGGAUCAGAAGAAGAUCUUCUAUCUCCAAAAGAAACUCCGAUCUUCGACACUGACGUAGAAGAAUCCGCUCCAGAAAUAAUCAAGACUCUUCCUCAGUUAGUUCCUACCAAAGACGGGGAAUUAACUAGAUUGGAAGUAAAAGUGAAAGGUAAACCAAAACCGAAGGGAAAAUGGUACAAGCAGGGCGUGGAAAUCAUUCCAUCGCAAGAAUUCCAGAUCGAGGAAUUUGAAGAUGGUACGUCAGUGCUGACAAUUGCCGAAACAUUCCCCGACGACACUGGUGAAAUAGUGUUUGAAGCAUACAAUCCACUCGGUGUGUCGACUACAAUGACGUAUCUAUCAGUAGAAGGUAUACUCGGAACUAAAGAGUACCGAAAACCAGAGUGGGUCACACACAUGGAAGAGAUGCAGGAGGCUCUAAGAGCUACACAAUCUGUUCCACGUUUUAUCCAAGAAAUAACGGAUGUUUACACAAAGGAAGGAGACGUCGCUUUGUUUGAAUGCGUCUACUCUGGUAAUCCCAAACCAGAUAUUGUUUGGUAUAAAAAUGAUAAGCUUAUAAUGAAUACGGAAAAUGUGAAAGUGCGCAUAUAUGAAGAAGAAAAUAAAACCAUUCUAACAAUCAAGCGGGCUACCAAAGAGGAUGACGCCACAUACAUUUGCAAAGCUACUAGCGAAAUUGGCAUGGAAGUAACAAAAGCCAAACUGCGUGUUGAUACUGUAAGCGAACUAGGACCAAAACCAGACGACACAAUCAAAGAGGAAGAGAAACUAGAAAUAAAACCAAAGAAACACGAAGAAAAGCCCUCUAAAAAGAAGAAACCUGAACUAAAGAAAGCGAAGGAAAUCAAAGAGAAAGUAAAAGCCGAACGUAUCAAAAUCGAUAAAGAAGAGAUCCAUGAAGAAAAAAUCGUACCGAAAGAACAACCGGAAGAGAAGAGAAUUGUCGAUGUUGAAGAGACGCAAAUACUGGAAACUACAAAAAUUAUAGAAGAGAAACCUGAGGAGGUUUCCAGAGCACGAAGGAUAGUACCGAUCCAAGAACCAAUUAUGACCGAAGCAACAGCUUCUCUGAAGAAAAUUGACAAUCAAAAGCCUCGAGAGCUCGUACCUAAAGCCGAAGAACGCGCCAAACGUAUUGUCGAAGAGCGGGAAAGUGUUAUUAUAUCAGAAAUUACAAGUGAAGAUAUUGCCCCUGAUUUCACCGUCGAAACAAAGGUGGAUCACGCUGAAGUUACCUCGGAAAUUCUACAACAAGUUUCAGUUUCUGAAACACAAGUAGAAACAAAACGCAUAGAGAAGCAGAAGAAAGUAAAGAAGAUGAAGGCAGAGAAAAUUAAAGAAGAAAUUACUGUAAAGGAGAUCGUAGAGCGACAGAAAGAAAACAUAGCUCGAGAAGUGGACGAUAUAAUGGAAAUGUUUGAUGCGAAGGAGUUUGGUCCGGGAGAAUCUCCCCUUCGAGAACUCGCGACGAUUGGCUACUUGGUUCGACAAGGUGUCUCCGUUAAUGAAAUAAACGAGUGCCUUUACAGGACUGAGAUCUUUCCUGCUCUAAAAACACCCGAUGCGCAAAACGCUUUGGUUCAAUUAGUAGAGAGAAAGGGCCAUGGUCCCCUAAUCACGCAAGUACUUACCGAGGAGACAACGGCUGAUGAGAGUUUCGUCGCAGCAACAGUCGGUUUUCGUGCUUUUAUGAGGAUGGUCGAGCUACAACAUGCUACCGUAGAAGAAGUUAUCACACAUUUUGCUCCGGAAGAUUUCAGACCACGCGCUUGGGAAGUUACAGAAAUUUCCGAGGUCGAAACUGAAGAACGCGCUACUGAAAGAGUAGAUGUCGUUCACAAAAUGGAGGUUCAUUUUAUGGAAAAGAGAGAUGAGAGGAAAGCUACUCACUUGCAGGAUAUUCGAGAAAUUAAAGAAUACGAGGACACACGGCAGGCACACACAACACUGCGCAAACGCAAAGAUAGGAAACCGAGGGAUCAAAUCGAAGAAACAACACAAGAUAGGGAAGAGGGGGUUCAAAUUGUUAAAAUUGAGGAAAUCGAAGAGACUGAGAAAGAAAAGAAAAAGGACAUAGAAGAAAUCGAGGAAGAGAUUAUCGAACUCGAACGGGACUCGAAAGGCAGAUUGAUUCGUAAACAGAAGCAAGAUGAAGAAAAACAGAUAGACGUAGAGGAAGAAGAAGAGGUAAUUAAGAAAGUUAGAAAGACAUUAGUUCCAAAAAGACCGGAUAUUGGUAAAGAUGAAAUUCAACUGGAAGAAAUAGAAGAAUUCGAAGUAAUAAAGGAUGAAUUAAUGUCGUCUAUUGCUCUAAAUGUAUCCAGCCAACGUAACCAAGUAGUACCGCUAGAUCGUACGAUCGAGCAGGCGCCUGGCAAGCCCGACUCGGAUAAAGCGAAAUACAUAUUGGACACUGUCGUGGCGUUAACAGGGCAGACGACGUCGGUACAUGAGAAAGAAGUUGAUGAAGUGACAAGAGACAAGCCCAUCGAACGCAAAGCAUCAAUAUCAAUCUCACCGAUGGAGCCAUAUUCUACCACAGAAACUACUGCGCAGAUAUAUACUGAUGAAUUUUCAGACACUUUCAAAGCCACUUCUUACGAAGCUACGUCAUCUGUAAUAACAAAGGAAAGUCUUCUCAUUAGCGAAACACUGACACAGGGUGACGAUGUAUCUAAUUUAACUUUGGCCAUGCCAGAAACAAGCCGAAAGGCAGACGUACAGGUUACCGUACAAGAAGCUACGACUGUUAGCGAAACCAUAAUCAACCAAAGUGAAAUACCUACUGAAGAUUUCAUAACGCCCUUAGGCAUCAAAGCGGAAGACACCAUUUUGCCACAAGUCGGUCUCUCGGUUUAUGAAAUUCAGGAAGGUCUAGUUGAAGAUAAGCUAGAGCCUACAAAGACGACACCUACGAAACCACGAAUUAAUAUCAGUGCAAUGGAACCGCUAAUAGUGGAAGAAGUGCGUCCCGAAGAUAAACCAGGAAAAUAUUAUCCGGAGUUAAUAGUGCCUACCGAAGUUGCCACGGAAACAGUGAUAUCACAAAAGCAACGCGUUACGGAAGAGAUGAACGCUCCUGAAAAGGAAGGUACAUACAUUCCGGGUAGAUUACCACCGAGUCAAACAGCUCAGGUCGGAAUCUCUUAUGGAAAUGAGACAGCUGUUAUCCGUCAUGAUCUGAUACAAGAGUGUGAAGGAGAAUAUGUUCCCGAGCGUAAAGCAGAUACUUUUGAAGCUACACCGAAUGUUAUCCUGUUGGAAGGAGUUACAGUAUCAACAAUUGAUGCUCAGCAAAAGGAGGACAAUUUAACAAUCGAAGAGGGCAAACAAGUUACAGCAGAUCUCGAUGUUAUUGAGAUUAUGUCGGCUGUAACAGUAGAGACGAUGACAUCCGAAAAAGAACAGGACUAUCAUCCUGAGGAUAAGCCCGUAACUAAAUCAGCUAUUACAUCGAUAUCUUCAUUAGAGAUUGGUUCUGUAACAGAUACGAUUGUUCAAGAAUCCGAGGGAACUUACAAUGCCGAUCAGAAACCGACCGAAGCACUGGCAGAAACAUCGGUCAGACCAGAGGAGCACGUAUUGGUAUCUCAAAUUCAAACUGCAGACUAUCCCGCCGAUUUCAAAGAUAUACUCAAGUACGUUUCAGAAAGCGGAGUCGUGUCUAUUCAAUUGACAGAAGCGAAAACUGUACUCGAAACACUCACUCAUGAUCGGGAGGCUAUUAUAGAGGAAGAGACUAAACCGGAAACUCUCACGGUCGAGACAGUGUACGAUGCUGUCAGAGGCGUCGAAAUAUCGCAAACUACUUCUAUAGAGAAAGAAGCCGAAUUGAAAAUCUUCGAGAUGCCUGAAUCGCAUCGUGGCAAAACCGUACCUAGUCAUCCUAUGAUCUCGCUCGAAGUUCAGGAGACUCAACCAGAAAGUAAUUUAGGUGAAGUUAUGAAAGAAACUCUAUCAACCGCAACGGCUAAGAUCGAAGCAGUCAGUCUGCAAGAGACAAUCGUUGGCGAAACUGUCACAGCAGAAGAUGUAGCUCCGGCAAAAGAGGAGAAGGGUCCUGAUACCAAGAUCGCGACAGUCUCCAUGGAUCAAAUUGAGAGUAUACACACUACGAUGAUUGUAGCCAGCGAGCACGAAACCGAAUACGUUAGCGCAGCCGAUAUUAAAGGUGUAUUUGCAAGUACCGAAUAUACAACGCAAGUGGCACCCAUAUGCGAGCAAGUAAGAACGGAAUCACCAACUGAGGAGUAUCUGGCAGAAGAUAAACCUAUGAGCGGAAAAGCGUAUCCAUCUCAUAUCCCUAUAGAAACCAUCAGCGUCGCUAUGCAAGAACUUGCAGAGAAGGAAGAUAUUUAUAAAGAGGACAUGAAACCUGAAGGAAAGAUAGCAAACGUUGAACUUACAGAGACAAGACCGGGCGCCAGCAUCUUGGAAAUAAUUCCACAUGAUCUCGAGAAUAUUUAUACGCCAAAUUCUGGACCGGAGAAAUACACUGUCGAGUCGUCUAUAACGGGUCAUAUUAUCGCGUCCAAGGCAGAGAUUCUAGUAGAACAAAGUGCUGGAAAGAUAAGCAGUGAUUUGCCAAAAUCAAGCAAAGCGUUAUUGCAACAGGACGCUCUGGAAGAAUUAAUAGUAACCGAAACAAAUGUCGGUGAAGCAGAACGAGUCAGGGAGGAAGAUACACGUCCUGUUAAACAGAGCGCCGCAGUCGAAGUUUGCACUCAAUUGGAGAAAUUGACCGUCACUGAAGUAACGAGCGCAUUGAAGGAGGAAGAAUUAUCGCUAGAAAAGUUACCAGAUGAACGAAAGGUUGUAUUAGAUGUAACUGAAGGCCAUGAAAUAGCUGAAACUCAGGAGACAAUUCCAGCGAGUAAUAUAAGUGAAUUGAAAGAAGAAAAACCAAUCCUGGAAAGCGCCACACAAUUGCAAAGUGGAUUAGACAUCGUACAGCAGACGGAAAUAUCGGUAUCUGAGAAAGAAUCUCCUCUAACAGCAGAUGUAAAACCUGAUGCCAAGAAAGUUGAUGUUACCUUUGAAGAGGGAGAAGGUUUGACAAUUGCGUUUACGCAUCCUGAGGAUAAAGAAGAUGUAUUCAGCGAGAAACCAGCACCAAAAACCGCCGAAGCUACAAUCGAUGUAGUAACGCAAGGAAUAGCGUCGAAAUUCGAAAUUAUCAGUGACGUCGCUUUAACCGAGCUGUUGACCAAACCUACUGAAGAAGCACAUCCUAAAACGAUAUUAUUGCCGUUUGAAACAGCCGUUGCUGAAGAAAUCCAAACAAGAGAAACGGAGAAACCUUUGCCUCACAUACCAACAUCAGAGAGACAAGCUAAUCUUGAAUUCGUGAUAGGAGAAGGCAUUGUUGUUUCAUCUGUCACAACCAGCGAUAAAGAAAGCAUACUUACAGAAAUGGAAAAACCGGAAUCUAAAUCCGCUAGUUUUGAUAUUGCAACUCACAUAGUGGCCCAAGCUGCUGAGGUGACUACAACUGAUAACAUCAGCGAAUUAAAACGCGAAGAAACGAUUUCCGCAAUAGCUACGACCGAGCAUAUUACUCAUCGUAGCAUUGUUACAUCAGAAACAGCAGCUGGUGACUUAGAACAACCAAUGCUGGACUUCGUGAAACCAGAUAAACAGAAAGUCGAUGUAUCUUUUGAAGAAGAAACGAGCAUAAACGUAAUUGAGACAAUCGCGUCUGAUAAGGAGCGAGAGUAUUUAAAGAAACCGGAUAUUCUUGGUGAAAAGGCUACUACGAGCUUCGAUGCUCACAAAAUCGCUGAACUUACAGAAGUUACGCCAGCUACUUAUCCAGGACAUCUCGAUAUAAAAACACCAACAAGCGCGGCGGCGAAAGAAGAACGUUUGCCGUUUGAAAGUAUCGUUCAAAGCGUAACUAUUGUAACAGAGACCGAAAUGGAAUUUAAAGAUAAACCUGCCAAGACUGAUACGGCCCAAGUGUCUGUCGAUGAAAUUAUCAGUGCUACUAUGUCUACCGAGAUUCCAGCUGAAAAAGAAGAUGUCCUACGAAUUCCUGAGAAGCCUACAGAGAAAAAAGCCGAGGUGCAAUUUGCUGGACACAUAAUUGCCGAGAAAAGCGAAGUCACUCCAGAUUCCAGCGCUGGAGAAUUAACAGAAGUAAAACCAGCUUCUGCUUCAGCUAUUUUCUCGAACAUCCCGUUAGAGGCGAUAGUACAAACGGAAACACAAGCAACGGAAGUAGAAGCUCUACUUGGAACAGAUAAAAUACCGACCACAGCUUUAGCUGAUCUUUCUAUGGUAGUAGAGCAAAGUGUACAAAUAUCCUCUGUAAUUUUAGAGGAUAAGGAAGCCGAAUACAAGCCAAAAGAAAUACCGAGACCAAAAACAGCAGAGAAAACUUUAAUGGAAACCCACGGUGUCGCCGAAACAACAUUGCAGAUUCCUGGCUUCAGCACUAGCGAAAUUGCUGUUAGUGAAACACCACUAGCUGCUAUCGCAAUUCCAGAUCAUGUAGUCUUUAAUCCACUCAUAGAAUCUCAGCCUAUCAUUCAGGAAGGAGAAGAGCAAUUUGUGCCAGCAGUAAUGCCAGAAAACAAAACUGUUAAUAUCGAUAUGGAGGAAGGCAAGGUAAUCGUUAGCAUAGCGCAUAUUACAACUGCGGAUAAGGAAUCACCAUAUACCAUUGAAGAACAACCACAUAAACACGCUGCUUCAUUUGGAAUCGAUGCUACUCAUGGUAUAGCCGAAACAACUGCGGUGGCUGUCGAACAUUCUGUUGGAGAAAUCAUCAUUGAAAAACCAGAUACUAAAACGAUAUCAUCUACGCAAGAAGUAUAUCAAAGUUUAUUAGUGACUGAAGGUCUAAUUCAAGAUCGUGAGAAGCCUUUCGAAGAAAAAUUCGCCCCAGAAUUACACAAAGUAGAACUGGGCAUCGAAGAGGGUAAACGCGUUAUCUCCGUUACGGAAAUUAAAAUGGCUGAUAAGGAAGCUCCUUUUGAAAUGAUACAAGAAGACAGAUCUCACUCGGCACAACCGGUUAUUAUCCCUGGUCAUGAAGUCGCUGAAAAAUCCGAGAUUAUUCCUGGUUCAAAUAUAGGAGAAAUGAGUAAAAUAGCAACUCCGACAAAAGCAACCGCACAAGUUGGACAAAAACCUUUCGAGACGGUACAAUUAACGGAACAAGUUCCUGUUGAAAAAGAAGAGGACAGAAUUCAAGAAAUACCAGUUCCGAAAACAAACGCGCAUGUUGUAUUAGAUGAAAACAGAUUCGUCGCUAUUACGGAAUCCACUACGACUCAAGAUGUUGAAGCAGAAUUUAUUUCUAAAAAACUUCGCGAAGAGGCUGCAAAUCUUUCGAUAGAAGGUAAAGAAGUAGCCGAACGAAUGGAGAUUAAUUUACGUGAAGGACUCGGAGAAUUACUUGAGACGUCAAAACCGACUAUGUACGAAGCACAUCAAACGCAAUCUACGUUGGAAAGUAUUGACGUUAGUGAAACUGUCUCUCAAGAACAAGGUACAAUAUUUACUGAGAAGUUUAAGCCUGCCCAACUUAGCGCUGAUAUUAGCUUCGUCGAAGGAAAGAGUAUUACUGUGGAUCAGGUCAUAACUCAAGACAAAGAAGACAUGAUAAGUAUUCCGAAAUAUGAAGAAAACACAGCUACAGUAAAACUGACAAAAGUUGGCAUGGAUAUUGCCGAAAAAGCACAAGUAUUUAUCGAACAAAAUACCGGUUUGAUUAAACCCUUCGAAAAGACUCCAGCGGAAGCUCACAUGAGACAAGACGCAUUUCAAUCUAUCGUUGUUGAAGAAGUUCCAAGCGCGGAGAGAGAAGGCAUUUUUGAUAAAUAUCCGAAAACGAUAUCCAGUACAGCUGUUCCGACAUUCGAAGAAGGUCAUGGGAUAUCCAUCAUGGAGAUAACGUCCGGUGAAAUGGAAACGUCACUAGAGGAGAAGAAACAGGAAACAUCACGAACAGCUAUUCGUACUAUUGUUACUCAACAGGAUACAAUAGAAACUAUGAUGGUAGAAUCACGAGUUGAUGUACCUGAACAAAUUCCUGAUCGUACUUCAAUACCACAAAUGGCUACACCGGCGCAAGAUACAUUUGAUAGCAUUAUUAUAAAUGAAAAUCUUAUUGAGGAAAAAGAAAAAACCUUCGAGGAUCAUUUUAAACCUACAACGCAAAAAGCGACUAUUGAUAUACCAGAAAUAAAACCGUUGCAGAUUUUAGAAACAAUUAUUCAAGAUAAGGAGGAGAUGCUCAAUAUUGUUUCAACGCGAGCAGAAGUCAAAGCUACGCAAAAUAUUGAUUUGCUUCAAACUAUUGAAGGUUCUUUCGUGAAGAGCAUGCAAAGUACUCAAGAGCUCCAUGAGGAGAAACCACUUUCCUCACAAGCAACUAUAACACAAACGACGAUGGAAACAAUAGUGAGAUCCGAAACAACACCAGCUGAAAAAGAGGACACAUUUGAAGGUAAACUUAAACCGCCAGAACAAAAAGGCAAACCGCAAUUUGUAGGUCUUACAACAGUCGUAACUACUGAAGUAGCUUCUAAUGAAAUCGAAGAUAUUCUGCCUGAAACCAUUACACCAAAAGAGCAACAAGCACAACCAAGCUUAACUGGAAGAGAAGCCGCGGAAACUAUACAAAUAAUUACAGCGAAUACAACCACAGAGCUCGCAAAAACUACUAAAGUAGAACAAAGAGGUAAACCAGAACUCGAAGAGCUAUCAUCUGUAAUUGUUUCCGAAGUCGUUUCCAAUGAAGUUGAAGAUAUUCUAUUUAGUAAAGCUGCUCCGAAAGAUCAUAUGGCUGAUUUCAGCAUUUCUGGUAGAACAAUCGCCGAAACAACUCAAGUAACAACAAUGUCCGAAACUAGUGAUUUGAUUACAGAAGGACCUGAAGAGCAGAGGGGCAAACAACAAGUUGACGAAUUAACCUCAUUAACCGUUUCACAAGUAGUUUCCAAUGAAGCGGAAGAUGUAUUAAUUAAAGCAGAGUUUCCUGCAGAGAAAACAGCAGAACCAAGUAUGCUCGGUAGAGACAUCGCGGAAACAACGAUGGUUAUAACAAUGACUAGUGCGGAAGAACUUAUUCCUGACAAAGAAGCUGAGAAACAUAAAGGUAAACCGCAAUUUGAGGGGCUUACUACAGUCGUAGUAACCGAAAUAGCUUCUAAUGAAAUUGAAGACACUUUGCCUGAAGCUAUUGCACCAAAAGAACAACAAGCACAACCAAGCCUGACAGGCAGAGAAGUUGCGGAAACUAUGCAAAUAAUUACAUCCAAUACUACUGAAGACUUCGCGAAAGCUGCGAAAUUAGAUGAACAAAAAGGUAAACCAGGUAUUGAAGAAUUAUCUUCUGUGACUGUAUCGGAAAUCAUUUCCAACGAGGUUGAAGAUGUUCUCUUUAGUAAAGCUGCUCCGACAGAUCAUACGGCUGAUUUCAGUAUUUCUGGUAGAGAAAUCGCCGAAACAACUCAAGUAACAACAAUGUCCGAAACUAGUGAUUUGAUUACAAAAGGACCUGAAGAGCAGAGGGGCAAACAACAAGUUGACGAAUUAACCUCAUUAACCGUAUCACAAGUAAUUUCUAAUGAAGCGGAAGAUGUAUUAAUUAAAGCAGAGUUUCCUGCAGAGAAAACAGCAGAACCAAGUAUGCUCGGUAGAGACAUCGCGGAAACAACGAUGGUUAUAACAAUGACUAGUGCGGAAGAACUUAUUCCUGACAAAGAAGCUGAGAAACAUAAAGGUAAACCGCAAUUUGAGGGGCUUACUACAGUCGUAGUAACUGAAAUAGCUUCUAAUGAAAUUGAAGACACUUUGCCUGAAGCUAUUGCACCAAAAGAACAACAAGCACAACCAAGCUUGACAGGCAGAGAAGUUGCGGAAACUAUGCAAAUAAUUACAGCGAAUACAACCACAGAGCUCGCAAAAACUACUAAAGUAGAACAAAGAGGUAAACCAGAACUCGAAGAGCUAUCAUCUGUAAUUGUUUCCGAAGUCGUUUCCAAUGAAGUUGAAGAUAUUCUAUUUAGUAAAGCUGCUCCGAAAGAUCAUAUGGCUGAUUUCAGUAUUUCUGGUAGAGAAAUCGCCGAAACAACUCAAGUAACAACAAUGUCCGAAACUAGUGAUUUAAUUACAGAAGGACCUGAAGAGCAGAGGGGCAAACAACAAGUUGACGAAUUAACCUCAUUAACCGUUUCACAAGUAAUUUCCAAUGAAGCGGAAGAUGUAUUAAUUAAAGCAGAGUUUCCUGCAGAGAAAACAGCAGAACCAAGUAUGCUCGGUAGAGACAUCGCGGAAACAACGAUGGUUAUAACAAUGACUAGUACGGAAGAACUUAUUCCUGACAAAGAAGCUGAGAAACAUAAAGGUAAACCGCAAUUUGAGGGGCUUACUACAGUCGUAGUAACUGAAAUAGCUUCUAAUGAAAUUGAAGACACUUUGCCUGAAGCUAUUGCACCAAAAGAACAACAAGCACAACCAAGCUUGACAGGCAGAGAAGUUGCGGAAACUAUGCAAAUAAUUACAUCCAAUACUACUGAAGACUUCGCGAAAGCUGCGAAAUUAGAUGAACAAAAAGGUAAACCAGGUAUUGAAGAAUUAUCUUCUGUGACUGUAUCGGAAAUCAUUUCCAACGAGGUUGAAGAUGUUCUCUUUAGUAAAGCUGCUCCGACAGAUCAUACGGCUGAUUUCAGUAUUUCUGGUAGAGAAAUCGCCGAAACAACUCAAGUAACAACAAUGUCCGAAACUAGUGAUUUAAUUACAGAAGGACCUGAAGAGCAGAGGGGCAAACAACAAGUUGACGAAUUAACCUCAUUAACCGUUUCACAAGUAAUUUCUAAUGAAGCGGAAGAUGUAUUAAUUAAAGCAGAGUUUCCUGCAGAGAAAACAGCAGAACCAAGUAUGCUCGGUAGAGACAUCGCGGAAACAACGAUGGUUAUAACAAUGACUAGUGCGGAAGAACUUAUUCCUGACAAAGAAGCUGAGAAACAUAAAGGUAAACCGCAAUUUGAGGGGCUUACUACAGUCGUAGUAACUGAAAUAGCUUCUAAUGAAAUUGAAGACACUUUGCCUGAAGCUAUUGCACCAAAAGAACAACAAGCACAACCAAGCUUGACAGGCAGAGAAGUUGCGGAAACUAUGCAAAUAAUUACAUCCAAUACUACUGAAGACUUCGCGAAAGCUGCGAAAUUAGAUGAACAAAAAGGUAAACCAGGUAUUGAAGAAUUAUCUUCUGUGACUGUAUCGGAAAUCAUUUCCAACGAGGUUGAAGAUGUUCUCUUUAGUAAAGCUGCUCCGACAGAUCAUACGGCUGAUUUCAGUAUUUCUGGUAGAGAAAUCGCCGAAACAACUCAAGUAACAACAAUGUCCGAAACUAGUGAUUUAAUUACAGAAGGACCUGAAGAGCAGAGGGGCAAACAACAAGUUGACGAAUUAACCUCAUUAACCGUUUCACAAGUAAUUUCUAAUGAAGCGGAAGAUGUAUUAAUUAAAGCAGAGUUUCCUGCAGAGAAAACAGCAGAACCAAGUAUGCUCGGUAGAGACAUCGCGGAAACAACGAUGGUUAUAACAAUGACUAGUGCGGAAGAACUUAUUCCUGACAAAGAAGCUGAGAAACAUAAAGGUAAACCGCAAUUUGAGGGGCUUACUACAGUCGUAGUAACUGAAAUAGCUUCUAAUGAAAUUGAAGACACUUUGCCUGAAGCUAUUGCACCAAAAGAACAACAAGCACAACCAAGCUUGACAGGCAGAGAAGUUGCGGAAACUAUGCAAAUAAUUACAUCCAAUACUACUGAAGACUUCGCGAAAGCUGCGAAAUUAGAUGAACAAAAAGGUAAACCAGGUAUUGAAGAAUUAUCUUCUGUGACUGUAUCGGAAAUCAUUUCCAACGAGGUUGAAGAUGUUCUCUUUAGUAAAGCUGCUCCGACAGAUCAUACGGCUGAUUUCAGUAUUUCUGGUAGAGAAAUCGCCGAAACAACUCAAGUAACAACAAUGUCCGAAACUAGUGAUUUAGUUACAGAAGGACCUGAAGAGCAGAGGGGCAAACAACAAGUUGACGAAUUAACCUCAUUAACCGUUUCACAAGUAAUUUCUAAUGAAGCGGAAGAUGUAUUAAUUAAAGCAGAGUUUCCUGCAGAGAAAACAGCAGAACCAAGUAUGCUCGGUAGAGACAUCGCGGAAACAACGAUGGUUAUAACAAUGACUAGUGCGGAAGAACUUAUUCCUGACAAAGAAGCUGAGAAACAUAAAGGUAAACCGCAAUUUGAGGGGCUUACUACAGUUGUAGUAACCGAAAUAGCUUCUAACGAAAUUGAAGACACUUUGCCUGAAGCUAUUGCACCAAAAGAACAACAAGCACAACCAAGCUUGACAGGCAGAGAAGUUGCGGAAACUAUGCAAAUAAUUACAUCCAAUACUACUGAAGACUUCGCGAAAGCUGCGAAAUUAGAUGAACAAAAAGGUAAACCAGGAAUUGAGGAAUUAUCUUCUGUGACUGUAUCGGAAAUCAUUUCCAACGAGGUUGAAGAUGUUCUCUUUAGUAAAGCUGCUCCGACAGAUCAUAUGGCUGAUUUUAGUAUUUCUGGUAGAGAAAUCGCCGAAACAACUCAAAUAACAACAAUGUCCGAAACUAGUGAUUUAAUUACAGAAGGACCUGAAGAGCAGAGGGGCAAACAACAAGUUGACGAAUUAACCUCAUUAACCGUUUCACAAGUAAUUUCUAAUGAAGCGGAAGAUGUAUUAAUUAAAGCAGAGUUUCCUGCAGAGAAAACAGCAGAACCAAGUAUGCUCGGUAGAGACAUCGCGGAAACAAUGAUGGUUAUAACAAUGACUAGUGCGGAAGAACUUAUUCCUGACAAAGAAGCUGAGAAACAUAAAGGUAAACCGCAAUUUGAGGGGCUUACUACAGUCGUAGUAACCGAAAUAGCUUCUAAUGAAAUUGAAGACACUUUGCCUGAAGCUAUUGCACCAAAAGAACAACAAGCACAACCAAGCUUGACAGGCAGAGAAGUUGCGGAAACUAUGCAAAUAAUUACAUCCAAUACUACUGCAGACUUCGCGAAAGCUGCGAAAUUAGAUGAACAAAAAGGUAAACCAGGUAUUGAAGAAUUAUCUUCUGUGACUGUAUCGGAAAUCAUUUCCAACGAGGUUGAAGAUGUUCUCUUUAGUAAAGCUGCUCCGACAGAUCAUACGGCUGAUUUCAGUAUUUCUGGUAGAGAAAUCGCCGAAACAACUCAAGUAACAACAAUGUCCGAAACUAGUGAUUUAGUUACAGAAGGACCUGAAGAGCAGAGGGGCAAACAACAAGUUGACGAAUUAACCUCAUUAACCGUUUCACAAGUAAUUUCCAAUGAAGCGGAAGAUGUAUUAAUUAAAGCAGAGUUUCCUGCAGAGAAAACAGCAGAACCAAGUAUGCUCGGUAGAGACAUCGCGGAAACAACGAUGGUUAUAACAAUGACUAGUACGGAAGAACUUAUUCCUGACAAAGAAGCUGAGAAACAUAAAGGUAAACCGCAAUUUGAGGGGCUUACUACAGUCGUAGUAACUGAAAUAGCUUCUAAUGAAAUUGAAGACACUUUGCCUGAAGCUAUUGCACCAAAAGAACAACAAGCACAACCAAGCUUGACAGGCAGAGAAGUUGCGGAAACUAUGCAAAUAAUUACAUCCAAUACUACUGAAGACUUCGCGAAAGCUGCGAAAUUAGAUGAACAAAAAGGUAAACCAGGUAUUGAAGAAUUAUCUUCUGUGACUGUAUCGGAAAUCAUUUCCAACGAGGUUGAAGAUGUUCUCUUUAGUAAAGCUGCUCCGACAGAUCAUACGGCUGAUUUCAGUAUUUCUGGUAGAGAAAUCGCCGAAACAACUCAAGUAACAACAAUGUCCGAAACUAGUGAUUUAGUUACAGAAGGACCUGAAGAGCAGAGGGGCAAACAACAAGUUGACGAAUUAACCUCAUUAACCGUUUCACAAGUAAUUUCUAAUGAAGCGGAAGAUGUAUUAAUUAAAGCAGAGUUUCCUGCAGAGAAAACAGCAGAACCAAGUAUGCUCGGAAGAGACGUUGCAGAAACAAUGUUAGUCUUAACAAUGUCUAGCACUGAUGAAUUUAUGCCUCAGAAGGAAACAGCGAAACAGCAAGGUAAACCUUGUCUCGAAGAACUCACAUCGUUAACAGUUUCGCAAAUAAUAUCUCAGGAAGCUGAAGAUGUUCUUCCUAGUCCUCAAGUGCCGAGUGAGAAAACAGCGCAAACCAGCUUGUAUGGUAGAGACGUAGCUGAAAUUACAGAAGUAACAACUGUGUCAAAUGUAGAUGAACUCAUCGAAAUUCAAAAACCGGAAAUACAGAAAGGAAAACCGAAUCUUGAAGAACUAUUAUCCUUGAGUGUAACGCAAACUGUAUUCAACGAAACAGAAGCUCUGUUGCCUAGUCCAGAAAUGCCUAGAGAAACAAUGGCACAGACUGAUAUAUCUGGUCGAGAUGUAGCUGAAACGAGUCAAAUUCUAACAAUGCUAAGCGUAGAAGAACUUGCAAAACAAUUAACUCCUGAUAAACGGGCAGGGCAAUUUAAAAUAGAAGAAUUAUCCUCGUUAACUGUAUCUCAAGUACUAUCUCAUGAAACGGAAGAAACUUUUCAGAGUUCCGAUGCGCCUAGUGGACUUACAGCGAUGCCUAUGAUGUCUGGUAGAGAAAUUGCCGAAAUUUCUCAAGUGCUCACUGUAACAAUUGCUGAAGAAUUUUCAAAACCCAAAAGUCCAGAGGGACAAAGAGUUAAACCACGUUUGGAUGAAUUAUCAUCACUAAUGGUUUCUCAAGUGAUAUCUACUGAGCUAGAGCAACAAUUACCUAGUCCAGAAAAAAUAGAUGAGAAAACAGCUGCACCAAGCCUCUUAGGUAGAGAGAUAGCUGAAAAAACUGAAAUUAUAACCGCCGCGAGUGUUGAACAAAUACCUGAGUUUAAGAAAACAGAAGGAGAGAAAGGAAGACCAGAUGUUGAAGAAAUGAGUUUCAUUACUGUAUCUGAAGUCUUGUCUACGGAAGCGGAACAAGAAUUACCAAGUCAAGAAGCUCCAAAAGAAUAUAAAGCUUUGUCUAAAGUAUCUAGCAUAGAAGUUGCAGAAACUUCCGAAAUUUUGACAGUGAGCAAUGUCGAAGAAUUUGUGAAGUCCCAGGCUCCUGAGGAACAUAAAGGUAGGCCAAACUUAGAAGAACUAUUGCCGUUAUCAGUCUCUGAAGUAGCUUAUACUGAAGCGGAGAAAGGACUACUUACUCCAGAACAACCAACUAAACAAAUAGCGGAGCAAAGCAUGCUGGGUAUUCGCGUAGCAGAAAAGUCUCAAGUAAUCACAUCAUCAACAACAAAAGAAAUAAUAGAGUCAGUACAACCUGAGAUACAGAAAAUAAUACCGGAACAAAUACCGUAUGAAAGUAUACAACAAAUUCAAUCAGUUCCUCAUGAAAGCGAACGUUCGCUUCUUCCUGACAAAGCAGCACCAAGCGCAACAGCUGAAGUUUCAUUCCGCAUUUCUGAAGGCCUUGAAGUUAUCCAAGUAACUGCUACAGAAAAAGAAGCAAAAGAAGUCGUGAAAGGCCAGGCGAAAGAAGCAAGCGCACAAGCCGAUAUAGUUGACCGAAAGGUUGCUUUAAAAACUGAAAUUCUUCCAGAAAAUGUAGUAUCGGAGUUUGUUAUCUCGAAACCAGAAGGUAAAAUAGCUCACGGAGUAAAAGACGAAAGACAAGGCGUGAUUGUUACUGAAAUACAACACACUGCUGAAAUAGAAUCAAAUCUGCCUGAGACCGUUAUACCUUUAGCAAAAUUAGCGAGUACAUCUAUCGAAGCCGACCACUUGGAAAAGAUUGUAGAAACUACAGAAGCAUCAGCGCAACAUCACAUCACAAUUACACAACACAUUACAAAACACGAUACAAAACAACAACCAUUGAUUGAAUCUGACACUGAGGUAACUGAGGAAUAUACCACUAAAUUUAGACGUGGUAGCAAAGACGACGAAACGGCAGCAAUCCAAACAAAGAAAACAAUAAUACGGAAAAAGAAACCGAGGACUAAAUCAGAUGAAAAAGUUGUGAUAAUUGAAGAAGAACUAGAAGAUAAGACGUCACAAUUGCCAACAAUACCAAAGAAACAAUUUAUGCAAAUUGAAGAAGUAACUGAAACAACUGGAAUAGAAGAAAUAAUUCCAUCAAAAAUCGAAGAAUUAGAAGAAACAACACAAAAACCAAUAGAAGCAGAACCGAUAAAACUUGAAGAUAAACCUGUUGAAACAGAAAAAGUCCAAGAACAAAUUAUAUUAACCGAAGAGAUAAUAGCCGACAAAAAGCCCAAAGGAAUAAUUAAGAAAACGACUAUUAAACGAAAAGGACAAAAACAACAAAUAAUAGAAGAAGUAACCGUAGAAGAACAAGGAAAAUUACCUGUAACAACAAUCACAGAAGGUCCAGAAGAAGAAACGAAAGAGGACAUUCUAUUGCCCUUACCGCAUCUUGAACAGGAACAAACACGAGAACAAAUUACGGUAGUUGAAGAGGUAACUGAAGGAAAGAAACCGAAGAAAAUUACCAAGAAGAAAAUAAUCAAACGCAAGGGACAGACACAGAAGGUAACCGAAGAGGUUACAGUAGAAGAAAAAGGAAAAAUGCCCGUAACGACGAUCACGGAAGGCCCCGUAGAAGAAGUUGUCGAAGAAACUAUAAAACCUCUGCCGCUUCCGCACUUCGCUACUCCUGCUGAACAAGAAGAAGUUCGAGAACAAGUCACAGUUACGGAAGAAGUAGUUGAAGGUAAGAAACCGAAGAAAAUUACCAAGAAGAAAAUAAUCAAACGCAAGGGACAGACACAGCAGGUAACCGAAGAGGUUACAGUAGAAGAAAAAGGAAAGAUGCCCGUAACGACGAUCACGGAAGGCCCCGUAGAAGAAGUUGUCGAAGAAACUAUAAAACCUCUGCCGCUUCCUCAAUUCGCUACUCCUGCUGAACAAGAAGAAGUUCGAGAACAAGUCACAGUUACGGAAGAAGUAGUUGAAGGUAAGAAACCGAAGAAAAUUACCAAGAAGAAAAUAAUCAAACGCAAGGGACAGACACAGCAGGUAACCGAAGAGGUUACAGUAGAAGAAAAAGGAAAGAUGCCCGUAACGACGAUCACGGAAGGCCCCGUAGAAGAGGUUGUCGAAGAAACUAUAAAACCUCUGUCGCUUCCGCAAUUCGCUACUCCUACGGAACAAGAAGAAGUUCGAGAACAAGUCAUUGUAACCGAGGAAGUAGUUGAAGGUAAGAAACCGAAGAAAAUUACCAAGAAGAAAAUAAUCAAACGCAAGGGACAGACACAGCAGGUAACCGAAGAGGUUACAGUAGAAGAAAAAGGAAAGAUGCCCGUAACGACGAUCACGGAAGGCCCCGUAGAAGAGGUUGUCGAAGAAACUAUAAAACCUCUGCCGCUUCCUCAAUUCGCUACUCCUGCUGAACAAGAAGAAGUUCGAGAACAAGUCACAGUUACGGAAGAAGUAGUUGAAGGUAAGAAACCGAAGAAAAUUACCAAGAAGAAAAUAAUCAAACGCAAGGGACAGACACAGCAGGUAACCGAAGAGGUUACAGUAGAAGAAAAAGGAAAGAUGCCCGUAACGACGAUCACGGAAGGCCCCGUAGAAGAGGUUGUCGAAGAAACUAUAAAACCUCUGCCGCUUCCGCACUUCGCUACUCCUGCUGAACAAGAAGAAGUUCGAGAACAAGUCACAGUUACGGAAGAAGUAGUUGAAGGUAAGAAACCGAAGAAAAUUACCAAGAAGAAAAUAAUCAAACGCAAGGGACAGACACAGCAGGUAACCGAAGAGGUUACAGUAGAAGAAAAAGGAAAGAUGCCCGUAACGACGAUCACGGAAGGCCCCGUAGAAGAGGUUGUCGAAGAAACUAUAAAACCUCUGCCGCUUCCGCAAUUCGCCACACCUGUUGAACAAGAAGAAGUUCGAGAACAAGUCACAGUUACGGAAGAAGUAGUUGAAGGUAAGAAACCGAAGAAAAUUACCAAGAAGAAAAUAAUCAAACGCAAGGGACAGACACAGCAGGUAACCGAAGAGGUUACAGUAGAAGAAAAAGGAAAGAUGCCCGUAACGACGAUCACGGAAGGCCCCGUAGAAGAAGUUGUCGAAGAAACUAUAAAACCUCUGCCGCUUCCGCACUUCGCUACUCCUGCUGAACAAGAAGAAGUUCGAGAACAAGUCACAGUUACGGAAGAAGUAGUUGAAGGUAAGAAACCGAAGAAAAUUACCAAGAAGAAAAUAAUCAAACGCAAGGGACAGACACAGCAGGUAACCGAAGAGGUUACAGUAGAAGAAAAAGGAAAGAUGCCCGUAACGACGAUCACGGAAGGCCCCGUAGAAGAAGUUGUCGAAGAAACUAUAAAACCUCUGCCGCUUCCGCAAUUCGCACCUGUUGAACAAGAAGAAGUUCGAGAACAAGUCACAGUUACGGAAGAAGUAGUUGAAGGUAAGAAACCGAAGAAAAUUACCAAGAAGAAAAUAAUCAAACGCAAGGGACAGACACAGCAGGUAACCGAAGAGGUUACAGUAGAAGAAAAAGGAAAGAUGCCCGUAACGACGAUCACGGAAGGCCCCGUAGAAGAAGUUGUCGAAGAAACUAUAAAACCUCUGCCGCUUCUGCAAUUCGCCACUCCUGUUGAACAAGAAGAAGUUCGAGAACAAGUCACUGUAACCGAGGAAGUAGUUGAAGGUAAAAGGCCAAAGAAAAUUACCACGAAGAAGAUUAUUAAACGCAAGGGGCCGAAGCAACAGAUAACUGAGGAAGUUACAGUGGAAGAAAAAGGAAAGAUGCCCGUAACGACGAUCACGGAAAGCCCCGUAGAAGAAGUUGUCGAAGAAACUAUAAAACUUUUGCCGCUUCCGGAAUUCGCUACUCCUGCUGAACAAGAAGAAGUUCGAGAACAAGUCACUGUAACCGAGGAAGUAGUUGAAAGUAAAAGGCCAAAGAAAAUUACCAGGAAGAAAAUAAUUAAACGCAAGGGACAGACACAGCAGGUAACCGAAGAGGUUACUGUAGAAGAAAAAGGAAAGAUGCCCGUAACGACGAUCACGGAAGGUCCCGUAGAAGAAAUUGUCGAAGAAACUAUAAAACCUCUGCCGCUUCCGGAAUUCGCCACACCUGUUGAACAAGAAGAAGUUCGAGAACAAGUCACUGUAACCGAGGAAGUAGUUGAAGGUAAAAGGCCAAAGAAAAUUACCACAAAGAAAAUAAUUAAACGCAAGGGACCUAAACAGCAAGUAACUGAAGAAGUUACUAUAGAAGAAAAUGGGCAGUUACCUAUAACCAGAAUCGAUGAAGGCCCUGUGGAAGAUAUUAUUAAAGAAAUUGUGAGAACUUUACCACAAUCUGAAUCUGCGGAUUCUGAGGAACAAGUUCGAGAACUAGUUACAGUAGCAGAAGAAAUAAGUGAGGGUGAAACACCAAAGAAGAUCAUCAAAAAGAAAAGUAGUAAACGCAAAGGCCCGAAACAACAUGUAACUGAAGAGAUUACUGUGGAAGAAGAAGGACAGUUGCCGGUGACUACGGUCACAAAGGAAUUCGUUGAAGAAAUUAUUCAAGAAUCCGUGCUGCCAUUUAGUGAACGUCUCGAGCCAUUGACAAUUGAUCAUCAUGCAGACACUAUACCAGAAAAACACGAAAAACUCAAACACAAAAAAUUGACAAAACCUAAAGUCGAUGAAAAAGUUCUGGAAGAUACUUUGAAAAAAUCGCUCUAUCAGGAACAAGGCGCAAAGGAUGAAAUUCCAGAAGAAAUUGUAGAAGAAAUAAUAACAGAAGAAACAGAGAAACAAAAGGCUCGACUUAUAGAAGAAGAAGAAGAAGAAGAAUCGGUAAAGAUUACGGAAGUGGAUGUUAAAGAGCUACCAGAAGAAAAGAAGAAGAAAGAUAUCAUCGAAAAAGAGGAAGUUAUUGAAACCAUUGAAAAACCUACGCAUAAAAUCUCCAAGAAGAAAAGGCAGCCAAAGACAAAGGACGAACGUGUAGAGAUAGAUGAAGAUAUAAUCAAACCAGAUGAAAAUGUAAUCACUAUAGAAGAACAGGAAAUAACCGAAAUUGUUGAGAAGCCAACCAAAGGGAUCACUAAAAAGAAACACGUAACAGAGGUGAGUGAUGUUCUUGACGAAGUCGUAGAAGAUAUCGUAACGGAGAAACCAAAGAAAGAAAAAGCUAAAACUAUAAAGGAAGAAGAACAACAAACAGUUAUGAUUACGAAGGUAGAUAUACACGAAGCUGCUAUCGAGAUGCCAAAAGAAAAAGCAGAUACCAAAGAAGAAAUAAUAGAAAUUAUCGAAACACCUACAACAAGAAUUAUCAAAAAGAAAAAACCAAAAACAAAAGACCAUGAUGAACAAAUUAUUCAGGAAAUUGUACAGAAGCCUAUUGAAGAAACCAAAAUAAUGGAAGAAGAAAAGAUAGUUGAAAUCAUUGAAACUCCAACGAAAAAAGUUAUAAAGAAGAAGAAGGCUAUUAUUCGUGAUGAUAACGUGCCGGAAGAAAUUAUUGAAGAAAUCGUCAUAGAAAAACCGAAGGAGGAACAAGCUCAAACCAUAUUUUCUCCAAGCGAAAGUAUCGAAGUGACUCAGAUCUUAGCUGAGUUACCGGUUACCAAACUCACAGACGAUAAAGCUAAACCAAAAGAAGCUGCAGUGUGUGACACUAAAGAAGAAAAAGUUAUGUUAAAGAAAGUUUUGAAAGAAGAAACAAGCACGGUUCCUGUUCAAGAAGAAGUGCCAAUAGAAAUUACUAAGGAGAUAAUGGGCGAAAAACCAAAAGAAGAACACAUAAAAUCAGCUGUAAUAACAAAAGAGGGACUCACUGUCAUUGAAACAAUUUCAAGCACGGCUACUGAGGAAUUUCCUGAAAAGGCACAACCAAGAAAAGAAACGGCAGUUCCAAUUGAAGAAACAGAACAACAUAUUGAAGUAAAAGAAGUUACUGUGAAGAAAAUGCCCAAGAAGAUUAAAGCAAAACAUGCAACUGAACAACAAGUUAAAGAGGAAACUGUUGAAGAAAUUAUUUCAAAGAAACCAACAAAAGAAAAAGCAGAAAAAGUCAUAAUAACGAAUGAGGAACUAGAAACUACAGAAAUUGUUCCUGAAGUCGCAACUAGUGAACUAGAUAAAGAGAAACCACGAGAAGAGCAGGCUGUGCCCAUAGAAGAAACGAGAGAAGAUGUAAAACUAACGGAAGUAAUCGCAAAGAAAGAACCACUUAAGAAAAAAGCGGUAGAGAUCAAAGACAGUCAACCAGAUGAAAUAGUAGAAGAAAUGAAAGUGAAAAAAUCCAAAAAGGAAAAGGCUAAAAAAGAUAUUCCUUUACAGGAGGGAAUCGAAAUUACAGAGGUAACAACAGAAACAAUACCUGAAAAACUCGCCGUAGAAGAAAUGCCUACUGAAAAGAAACCAGAACCAACUAUUGCACCAGUGGAAGCUAUUGAAAUUACUGAAGUUACUGUAGCUACAGCAGAUGAUAAAAUAAUCGAGAAGGAAAAAGCGAAAAUUGCAACAGUUGAAGUUAAAGAAGAAAAAGAAAAGAAGUUACCUCGUAUUGCAAAAGAAGAGGUUACUGAAAAGGAGAAACCUGUUAUUAAAGAAGAAGAAGUAGUAGAAAAAAUAACACCUACCAAAUCUGAAAAAGAAAAACCAACAAUCGAGGAAGUUUCUUUAGAUACUACAAAACCGGCGGAGAUAAUUCCAGAAACUAAAGAUAUUCCAAUAGAGAAACAGCCUGAGGAUAAAUUAAAGGAAAUAAAAACGAUACAGCCUUCAGAAACAAAGGAGGAUGCGAAACCGAAAGAAGAAAUUACCACUAUUACGGAAGAAAAACCUGUGGACGAAGUUACUGAGAAAUUAAAAGAAAAGAAGAUUAAGAAAAAGAAAAAGAAACCUGUUAAGAAAGAUGAGAUAGAAGAGUGGGUAGAACCCGAAUAUGAAAGACCAGUAUUAGAACCAAUGCCUGAGAAAAUUCAAUGGGAACCAUCCAAAAAGAAAAAGGAAAAGAAAGUAUUGCCUGAAUCUGUCCAAAAAUUAGUUCCACAAAAAAUCGAAAGAAAAGAAAUCAAACCUAUAAAAUUACAAUAUAUGGAACCAACAGAAACAAUCCAAUUCGGUACAAUUAAAUUAAAGAAAGUACCAAUUAUCAAGAAAAAGGAAGUCAGCGAACCAAUCUUUCCUAAAAUCAUGUUACGCAGUAGAAUUACGUUCAUUGGAGACUAUCCACCAGAAUUACAAAUACCACAAAUUACAUAUAUAGAAGAAAACCCGGUGCAAAUUGGCAUUUUAUCUAGAAAUGCAGAAGAAGCUUUACAAGUUUUAAAGAAAAAAUAUAAAAAGUUUAAGAGUCCCAAGAAAGAAUUAACUGAAUUAGAAAAAUUAGAUAAAGAAUUCGAAGAACUAAAAAAGAUUCCUCUGGAAAAAAUAGAAGACAAAUCUAUAUAUGAACGGGCACCCAAGAAGAUAGAUGAAGAACAUGAAAAACCACAAAAGCUUGUUAUUGGAAAAGGUGAAGUAAAACAAAAAGAUGAAAUUGUCCCAGAAAAAGUUAAACUGAAGAAAAUACCAGAGAAGAAACCAGAAGAAAUAACAGAAAUUAAAGAAAAACCUAAAAAAGAAGAAGUAAUAGAAGAUGUACAUCAGACAGAGAAAGAAAAACCUAAAGAAACACUUAAAUUUGAUGAAUUCCAACCAUUGGAUUUUGAUAGACCAGAAAUUGAAAAAUAUAUACCUGAAGAGAGAGAACCAACUGAUAAGCCGGAACCGGAGCAUGUUUCUAAGCCAUACGAAAAACCUAAGAAAAAGAAACCUGAUCAAGAAAUAGAGCACAUUCCACUAAUUACAGGAAUACCAAAACCAGAAGAACCCGAAGAAGAACCAGAGAUCAAAUUCCGAAUACCAACAUCAGAGAAACCAGAAGAUGAACCUGAAACAAUAACAUUGAAAGGUUGGAAGAAGAGUAAACCCGAAGAAGAGGGCACAGAACAAUUCCCAACUAAAGAAAAAGAUGUUAUUCCAACAGCACCUAAACAAGAUACCGAUGAUGUAACAAUUAAACAGAAAAUAAAACUCAAGAAACCCAAAAAGAAAGAUAUAAAACCAGACGAUGUUAGUGAAGAAAUUAUCUUUAAAAAGGCACCAGAAGAAAAGCCAGAAAUACCAACGGAAGGACUAAUAAUAAAGGAACCAACAUUAGAACCGAAAAAAGAGGAAGAUGUACCAGAAGAAGCUCCUAUAGAUGAACUUACAAUUAAAAAACCAAUUGAGGAAGAAAGAAAAGAAGAAAUUACUGAAACAGAAGUCAUAAUAAAGAAGAAGCCCGUCACAGAGGAAAUCGUUACUGAAACAAUAAAGAAACCGAAAGAAAAACCUGUCCAAGAGGAAGUGGCAGACGAAGUGACGAUUAAGAAACAAGUAGUUGAGGAAAGAAAAGAAGAGGUAGAAGAAACCGAAGAAGUCACUUUAAAGAAAAAGCCAAAGAAGAAACCUAUCAUCGAGGAGGAGGCUGCUGACGUUACCAUACAAAAACCAAUUCCGAUAGAGGAAAAGGAAACAGUGCCGGAAGAAGUCUCUGAAAAAGUGAAAAUAAAGAAACCGAAAAAGAAGCCUGUCAAAGAAGAAGUAGCCGCGGAUGAAGUGACAAUUAAAAAACCAGUAAUUGAGGAAGGAAAAGAAGAGGUAGAAGAAACCACCGAAGAGGUCACAUUAAAGAAAAAGCCAAAGAAGAAACCUAUCAUCGAGGAGGAGGCUGCUGACGUUACCAUAAAAAAACCAAUUCCGAUAGAGGAAAAGGAAACAGUGCCGGAAGAAGUCUCUGAAAAGGUGGAAAUAAAGAAACCGAAAAAGAAGCCUGUCAAAGAAGAAGUAGCCGCGGAUGAAGUGACAAUUAAAAAACCAGUAAUUGAGGAAAGAAAAGAAGAGGUAGAAGAAACCACCGAAGAGGUCACAUUAAAGAAAAAGCCAAAGAAGAAACCUAUCAUCGAGGAGGAGGCUGCUGACGUUACUAUGAAAAAACCAAUUCCGAUAGAGGAAAAGGAAACAGUGCCGGAAGAAGUCUCUGAAAAAGUGGAAAUAAAAAAACCGAAAAAGAAGCCUGUCAAAGAAGAAGUAGCCGCGGAUGAAGUGACAAUUAAAAAACCAGUAAUUGAGGAAAGAAAAGAAGAGGUAGAAGAAACCACCGAAGAGGUCACAUUAAAGAAAAAGCCAAAGAAGAAACCUAUCAUCGAGGAGGAGGCUGCUGACGUUAAUAAAAAACCAAUUCCGAUAGAGGAAAAGGAAACAGUGCCGGAAGAAGUCUCUGAAGUGGAAAUAAAGAAACCGAAAAAGAAGCCUGUCAAAGAAGAAGUAGCCGCGGAUGAAGUGACAAUUAAAAAACCAGUAAUUGAGGAAAGAAAAGAAGAGGUAGAAGAAACCACCGAAGAGGUCACAUUAAAGAAAAAGCCAAAGAAGAAACCUAUCAUCGAGGAGGAGGCUGCUGACGUUACCAUAAAAAAACCAAUUCCGAUAGAGGAAAAGGAAACAGUGCCGGAAGAAGUCUCUGAAAAGGUGGAAAUAAAGAAACCGAAAAAGAAGCCUGUCAAAGAAGAAGUAGCCGCGGAUGAAGUGACAAUUAAAAAACCAGUAAUUGAGGAAAGAAAAGAAGAGGUAGAAGAAACCACCGAAGAGGUUACAUUAAAGAAAAAGCCAAAGAAGAAACCUAUCAUCGAGGAGGAGGCUGCUGACGUUACCAUAAAAAAACCAAUUCCGAUAGAGGAAAAGGAAACAGUGCCGGAAGAAGUCUCUGAAAAGGUGGAAAUAAAGAAACCGAAAAAGAAGCCUGUCAAAGAAGAAGUAGCCGCGGAUGAAGUGACAAUUAAAAAACCAGUAAUUGAGGAAAGAAAAGAAGAGGUAGAAGAAACCACCGAAGAGGUCACAUUAAAGAAAAAGCCAAAGAAGAAACCUAUCAUCGAGGAGGAGGCUGCUGACGUUACCAUAAAAAAACCAAUUCCGAUAGAGGAAAAGGAAACAGUGCCGGAAGAAGUCUCUGAAAAGGUGGAAAUAAAGAAACCGAAAAAGAAGCCUGUCAAAGAAGAAGUAGCCGCGGAUGAAGUGACAAUUAAAAAACCAGUAAUUGAGGAAAGAAAAGAAGAGGUAGAAGAAACCACCGAAGAGGUCACAUUAAAGAAAAAGCCAAAGAAGAAACCUAUCAUCGAGGAGGAGGCUGCUGACGUUACUAUGAAAAAACCAAUUCCGAUAGAGGAAAAGGAAACAGUGCCGGAAGAAGUCUCUGAAAAAGUGGAAAUAAAGAAACCGAAAAAGAAGCCUGUCAAAGAAGAAGUAGCCGCGGAUGAAGUGACAAUUAAAAAACCAGUAAUUGAGGAAAGAAAAGAAGAGGUAGAAGAAACCACCGAAGAGGUCACAUUAAAGAAAAAGCCAAAGAAGAAACCUAUCAUCGAGGAGGAGGCUGCUGACGUUACCAUAAAAAAACCAAUUCCGAUAGAGGAAAAGGAAACAGUGCCGGAAGAAGUCUCUGAAAAAGUGAAAAUAAAGAAACCGAAAAAGAAACCUGUCAAAGAAGAAGUAGCCGCGGAUGAAGUGACAAUUAAAAAACCAGUAAUUGAGGAAAGAAAAGAAGAGGUAGAAGAAAUCACCGAAGAGGUCACAUUAAAGAAAAAGCCAAAGAAGAAACCUAUCAUCGAGGAGGAGGCUGCUGAAGUUACUAUAAAGAAACCAAUCCCGGUAGAAGAAAAAGAAGAAGCGGUUGAAGAAAUUUCUGAAAAAAUAGCAAUAAAGAAACCAAAAAAGAAGCCUAUCAAAGAAGAAGCAGCAGAUGAAGUAACAAUUCAGAAACCGGUCGUUGAAGAAAGAAAAGAGGAAGUAGAAGAUAUUACCGAACAAAUCACGUUAAAGAAAAAACCGAAAAAGAAAGUCGAAACAGAAGAAAUAUCAGAAGUGACUAUUGCCACACCUAAAGAAAAAAAGGAAAAGGAAAAAGAAACUACAGAGACUUCAACGGAUGUAUUAAUAAAGAAAAAGAAACCAGUAGCAGAAGUCAAAGAAACAGUCGCAGAGGAAUUAACAAUUCAAAAAGUCGAAGAGGUAGAAGAACCUAAGGAAGUAAUUGAGGAAUUCACGUUGAAACGUAAGCCACCUAAGAAGGCACCAAAACCUAUUGAAGAAAUUUAUGAAGAUGUUACUUUACGUAAAUUACGGCCAAAGAAGAAACCCAGACCAGAUAUCAAAGAAGUCACUGAAGUGGAGAAUGUAACGUUUAGACCACGUACUACAAAAACAAAAGAAGAUGUGGAACAAGAAUUUAAAAUCUCGUUAAAUACAUAUGAAGAAGAGGAUAUUUCAAUGUCUGGUAAAGUUCGCCUGAAGCCAAAGAAACGUCCACUGACAUAUUCAGAAGAGACGGGAGAAGAAACAAUUAAAAUUAUUCAAGAAGUCGGAGAUGAUUCAGGACCAAUUAUCGAAGAGAUUAUUGAUGAAUCGGAAGAAGAAGACAAAGCAUAUAGCAUCGAAGAACUUGACGUCGACGAAAUGAGCAUACCAUUAAGACGAAAGAAAAAGAAACAAAAAGUUCCAUAUAGUGUGGAAGAAAUUGAAGAGGAUGUUAAAGUGCAAUUAAAACGUGAUAGAAAAUAUUCAUAUGAAGAAACAGAUGUUGAGUCUUUGGCGCUGAAAUUGAAGAGCAAGAGACGUGUCUCUACGUAUGAAGAAGAAGAUGUUUCUCUCAGCAUUACUAGAGAAGAGGACAUCUCCGAAGAAGUUGAGGAUAUCGAAUAUGUCAUUCGUGAUGGUGAUACAAUGUACUCAAUCUGUUCUUAUGUGGCCGAAACGGAAGAAGCUAUUAAUUUAGUCGAAGGAGAAAAAGUUUACAUUAUUGAUCAUACCAAUCAGGAUUGGUGGUUUGUAAAGAAGCAUUUGACCGAAGAGAAAGGCUGGGUACCGGCACAAUACUUAUUGGACGAAGUACACUACACUGUGUACUUGCAACGAAAACUCCAUGAAAAGAUUGAUAAAUUACCAAUCUUCGAAAAACCGGCUCCAGGAGAAAAAGCAUCAGCUCCAAGAUUUAUCGAAAAAUUACAGCCGAUCCAUACAUUAGAUGGUUAUACUGUUCAAUUUGAAUGCCAGGUAGAAGGCAUACCAAGACCACAAAUAACCUGGUUCCGUCAAACUGCUAUUAUCAAGCCAUCUACUGAUUUCCAAAUAUAUUAUGAUGAAGAUAAUGUUGCUACCUUAAUAAUCAGAGAAGUAUUUCCCGAAGACGCCGGUACUUUUACCUGUGUUGCUAAAAACGCUGCAGGAUUUGCAUCCAGUACUACUGAACUUAUCGUUGAAGCUCCCCUAUCAGAUCAUGGAUCAGAUGUUACCGGUCCUUCGAGGAAAAGUCUUUCAAGAGAAUCAUCUCUUGCGGAUAUAUUGGAGGGUAUUCCACCUACAUUCUCUCGAAAACCAAAAGCGAAAUACGUAAACGAAGGUGAUGAUGUAAUAUUGGAAUGUCGAUUAGUCGCUGUACCAGAACCAGAUGUAACAUGGUACUAUAAAGACGUUCAGGUAGUCAACGAACGAAAUAUCGUAAUCGCGACCGAAAGCGACAUGCAUAUGUACUGCAGUGUCGUAAAAAUCUCCAAAAUUCAAAAGAAACAGGAAGGAAGAUACAAGAUCGUCGCUAAGAACAGAGAGGGUGAAGCUACUAUCGACAUUCCUGUGAAGGUGAAAACUGGAAAGAGUGAACCGCCUGAAAUUUUGGAACCCUUACAAUCUUAUGUGAUCAAAGAAGGCGAAACUGUUGUUCUGUCAACUCAAAUAGUCGGUAAUCCAUCGCCGAAAAUAACGUGGUAUAAAGAUGGAAAACCGAUAAAGAAUCUGCAACCGAAGCAAGACGGACACGUUAAUAUGUUGAGCUUAAUACAACCCCAACUGGCCGACAGUGGAGAAUAUUCAGUCGUAGCUAUUAAUGAUGUCGGCAAAGCCGAAACUCGAGCUACAUUGACCGUUGAAAAAGUACCAAGCGGUGCCCCGGAACCACCGUUGUUUACUGAACGUUUUCAAGAGUUGGUCGUUCCGGAAAAAGGCACCUUUAAAUUGGUUGCCAAAGUCACUGGAAAUCCUGUUCCGGAAGUUACCUGGCUCAGAAACAACAAACCGCUUGAAAAAUCGCUCAAUAUCACAGAAAGUUAUGAUGGUGAAAAUAUUAUGCUCGAAAUUAGGAACGCAGACUCCGAAACUGAUGCUGGGGAUUAUAAAUGUGUCGCUAAUAAUCCGGUGGGAAAAGCUUCUCAUGGUGCAAAAGUCACGGUAGAUGUUGCUAAAGUUUCCUUCACGAGAAAACUGCAAAAUGAAGUCGUAAUCGAUGAGUACAAAACUCUAGAACUGAACUGUGAGACAUCUCAUACUGUUUCCACGGUCUGGUGGCAUAACGAUAAAGAAAUUAGCGGGAUGGACCACCGCGAGAUAAUCCAAGAAGGACGCGUACACAGGUUACUCAUUAAAAAGAGCAGUCCAUCUGACGCAGGAACAUAUAAGUGUACCGUUAAGAAUCAAGUGACAUCCAGCAACGUUAUCGUUCGGGCCACUAAACCGGAAUUUGUCAAAAAGCUGCAAGACUUCGAGGUGAAGGAGCGCGAGGUGGCGAUUUUGGAAGUCGAGAUCACGUCUCAAACGGCUGAUGUAACAUGGCGAAAAGACGGCGAAUUAUUAACACCGAGCAAGGGAAAAUUAGAGUUCGUAAAGGAUGGUACGAUAAGGAAACUUCUCAUCAGAACCGCAUCAGUUCACGACGAGGGCGAAUAUACGUGCGCAUUACCAGAUGAAGAGUGCACGGCGGAAGUUACGGUUGUCGAAUUACCACCAGAAAUUAUUACCAAAAUGCAGGACGUAACUAUUGCGAGAGGCGAGAAAGCAACGUUUGACAUAGAACUAACGAAAGGUGAUGCUUUAGUACGUUGGUUUAAAGAUGGUCAAGAGUUGCAAUUCUCCGAGCACGUGCGACUAUCGAUCGAUGGCAAGAGACAAAAACUGAAGAUUUACGAUGCAGAAGUAGAAGAUGCGGGAAUUUAUUCUUGUCAAGUUGGCGAUCAGACUUCGUCAGCUAGUCUGACGGUUGAAGAACCCGAAGUAGAUUUCAUCAAAAAAUUGCCGGAUGUCACUCUGGUGCCUCUCAACGCUGACGCAACUUUCCUUAUUGAACUGUCACGCGCCGAUAUACCAGUAACAUGGUUAAGGAAAGGCGAGAUUAUUGAUUGCACACAAUCUCCAAAAUACAGUAUCGUCGACGAAGGAAAUGUUAAGAAACUUAUCGUUAAGAAAUGCACGACUGACGAUAUUGCCGAAUACACUGCUGUAGUUGCUAAUGUGAAAACAUCGUCUAGAUUAAAAGUCGAAGUUAUCGAAGCGCCACCCAAGAUUAAUCUUGAUACGCUAAAAAUAUACAAGACGACGAAAGGUGAUGACAUUGACAUUCUUGUGAAAUUCACGGCUACGCCACUACCGAAUGACGAAUGGACCGUUAACGGCCGCGCUCUUAGGAAAUCUAAACGAAUCGUCGCAUCCAUUGAUGAAAGUUCAGCUGUUUUAACGAUUAGAGACGUGCAAGAAAAAGAUUUCGGCGAUUAUAAUCUAAAAUUAACUAAUCCUCUCGGAGAGGAUAGUAUAGAAAUCAGCGUCAUUGUCGUGCAGGUACCCGGAGCACCAGGAAUUCCAGAACCCCUUGAAAUAACCGACAACAGCGUUACUCUUCAUUGGAACAAACCAGAAUCAGACGGACAUUCGCCGAUCAUCGAAUACAUUUUGGAAUAUCGCGAAAAGACGGAAUCUUCAUGGAGCAGAGUCACGAAGACAAUAAGCGAAACUACGUACAAGUUGACAGAUUUGACCACUGACAAGGAAUACACCUUCCGUGUAACAGCUGUCAACGAAGCUGGCCCGGGCGAGGCAUCGCCGAACACGCCGUAUCUAAGAAUUUCUAAGCUAUCGGCGUUCGAAUCACCGAUCGUUCUCGAAGCACUCAAGAGCAUCGUGAUUGGAUUAGGAGAGACCGUAACGCUUUCUUGCGUAAUCGGCGGCGUACCGGCACCGCGUAUUACAUGGUUGAAAAAUGAUGAAAUCUUCGAAGAUCCCAGCAUCACGUACGAAAAUCGCGUGGCUAAAUACACGAUUUCAAAAACCACGGAAACAUCUUCGGCUACGUUUACAGUUAGAGCUCAAAAUGAUGCAGGCACGGCCGAAACAUCGUGUCAAUUAAAGAUCCAGGAAUCUCCAAAAAUAACUUGCGAUAGAAGCUUGACCAACCAGAGAUUAGCAGUAGGCGAUAAAUGGACGGUUGAGAUCCGUAUCAGUGGAUUCCCAAGACCAGAAGUAACAUGGACGAAAAACAACAAAAAGAUAACCGACAAUCGCAUUUCCGUUGAAACUAAGGAGGACAUAUCCAUUAUUACGAUUCCUUCGCUCGUCAGAGAUGAUACAGCUGUCUAUACUGUAAAAGCGACGAACGAAGCCGGUAGCUCGUCAAUAGAGUGUCGCCUUCGUGUUAUAGACAAACCGAGCAAACCUCAAGGACCAGUUGUUGCGAAAGAGAUUAGACAAGAUCGUGUUACAAUAGAAUGGCAACCGCCAGCCGAUGAUGGUGGCGUAGAACUGGAGAGAUAUAUCAUCGAAAAAUGUGAGGCGAAUAAGGAUAUUUGGACAAAAGUAGGUGACGUCGACAAAGAAGUGGAGAGUUUCUGCGCACAAAAAUUGCAGCAAAAUGUCGACUAUUCAUUCAGAAUAAUCGCUAAAAAUGAGAUCGGAUCCUCAGACCCCUUGGAGUCCGAGCCAAUCAGAACAAGGAGUUCAUUCGAACCACCGGCACCGCCAAGAGGACCACUGGAAAUUUCUGGAAUGACGAAAACAUCGUUCACGAUCAAGUGGGAGCCUCCAGAGAACGAUGGUGGUACACCUAUCACAGAUUAUAUCAUAGAAGCUAAAGAAACAUCGAAGAAGAUUUGGCAAAAGAUUACGAGUACAAAGGGGGAUGUCACUAAUGCCAUGAUAUCAGAUCUAAAAACUGAUGUAUCAUACAAUUUCCGUAUAACGGCCAAAAACAGUGUCGGUACUGGUCUUCCGUACACGGCGGAGGAAGCAAUAACAGUUGGCAAACGACCGACACCACCCUCGUGCCCCUUAAAUGUGCGAGCGACAAACGUCACGAGCAAGAGCGUUACUCUGACUUGGUCACCGCCAGCUACCACAGGAGGAUCAGAAUUGACAGGCUACAUAAUCGAGAAGAGACCAUUAAUCGGAAAAGGCGCCAGAUGGACAAAGGUUGUUACUCUCGACGCUACGACGCAACAAUACUGCAUCGAGAACUUGAAGGAAAGCGAGUUUCUCUUCAGAAUCUUUGCUGAAAAUAGUGUGGGACUUAGCACACCAACUAAUUCCGAGCCAGUUACACUGAAAACUCAUGCCAACGUCCCGUCGCCACCUACCGCUCCGUUAGAGAUGAGACAAAUCGCGGCGAACACAAUGGUAAUCGAAUGGGGCAGACCCGAAUCGGAUGGCGGCGCGCCUUUGGAGGGCUACAAAAUCGCUAUUAGGGACGCCAGAAAAACCAUGUGGAUGGAAGUAGGAAGGGUGAACGCGGACAUCCAGAAACUGAAUAUCCGAGACCUGCAGGAGAAUCAUGAAUAUCUCGUGAGGAUUUUCGCGCGAAAUGAGAUCGGAUUCAGCGAUCAUUUGGAAUCAGAAGAACCUUUCAAGAUCGUACCGACCUCACAACUGUCAUUCGACGAGCCAAUCGCAGAAGCAAUGGACAAAGGCGAGACUGCAUCGGUGAGCUUCAGCACGGAGAAUACGAGUUCGUGGCUGCGGGAACACAACAUGGACGCAGACAUACAUUCGUACGCGAGAGCGAGAUUACUUAGGAAAGACGAGUACUUCUUCCGCAUUUGGCACUAUGCUAAAAAGCUGUUUGAAUAAGCAUUUGUAAACGUGCAAUCCUAAGCAUCCGUUCGCACCGCAUAGUAACGGCGGAUGUAAUUGAUGAUUAUUUCCGCAUUUCUGUUCACCUAUUUUUAUCGCAAUUGCGGUACGGCAGAUUUAUGCACGCCUGACUGAUAGCGCAACGGCGACAGUGCCAUUGUUCCUGUAGAUUGUUCCCAAAACCGCUUAUAGCGAUUUCACGUACGGUGAAGCUAAAACUCGUGAGACUGGACGAGUGCUUACCGAGUGCUAAUCUAGUCAGGAGAUUUAACGUGAUUUUUUUCUUCGCUGUUUUUAUCAGAACGCUCAAAACUGUACUGAAUAUUUGUCUGUCUGAGCGAUUCUUUUUUUUUAUAAUUUUGUCGCUCUAAAGUAUUAUUACUACUGCACUUGUGCAACUUGAAAAUUUUGUUUUCUACGAGUCGUAGAAGAUGGCCAACUUGUGUUGUUGAAGUCACGAUUCACGACAGACAACGGAGAUAAGAUUUAAGUAUCCCUAAGCAACUAGAAUAUCCAGAAUUCUCAAAACUGUGGCAUUCUACACCUACUAAUGAUGUAUUUAUAGUUAAGCGACGUAAACGUCCGUUUCUACUUGUAAGACAAAACCAGAACUUGCGGUGAUUAUCUGAAUAUUUAUUCUCCAAGCAUAUGAAAUGUAUAUUAUUUCUUGUUACUAUUACAGUUAUAUUUAAUUUUAAUUAAGAUCGUCGAUAGGAUCGAGAACAUUGAGAUAAACGAAACGAAGCAAUACCACUCGUGGUUGGUAAGUGAGACGUAAAAUAUAGGUGCCAACAUCAUUAGAAUUAACCAACGACGCGUCGUAUACUUCGCAUUAUUUAUGUUGUAAAAUAUUUUAUUUAUCAAUUAAAUUAUUGCAAAUUA